AUGGAAAUGCACCACAGAAACACUGUGCCAGAAGCCAGAGCACACAGAAACGUCCAAGAAGAGAGGAAAGAGCAAGAAUCACUCUCAGAUAGAACUAAAGAUAAUUGUUGCUGCUUAUUGCAGACAUUACCGAUGUCUGCUUUGUCUUGUUGCCGGGAUGUCAGAGGACAGAUAUCAGUCUGCAAGCUGAGAAGAUCAACUCUGCUUUUGCCUCACCAGCAGACAUACCUGAGUCUCCCUCCACAAUCAGACAGAAAAGUUAAUGAAGACACUUGCAGAAGCCUUAAGAUCCUUCUCCUAUUCAAGCUGUUAAUCUACUCUUCCCUUGGUAAGUCCUUCAGGAAUUGUACAGCUUUCAAGCCUCGCAAUACAUAGAAACAUUGUAAGUCUGUUUUGUUCCGAAGGGGUAAAUAAUUGACAAUGAUAAAGUUCGUUACUGGUUCCCUGUUGCUUAUUUGCAUGGAAUUGCAAAGCAUGGCUCACUGAUAAAACCCUCUCUGCACCUGAACCCCUCCCAGCAAAGCUGUGCUCUUAAAGAGAUCCUGCAUCCCCUUCCUCGCAUUGUUGGGAACAACUUUUAGAGUGUGCUGUGACACCUAAUCGCUACUGAACAUCCCUCUGAUUGUGGUCAUUUGUAUAAAUUAAAAAGGGAGCUGUGGACAAGGACACAUUGCCUUUGGAUGUAGGAUUCAAAUUAUAAGCCAGUUUCUACCAACUAAACAUUAGGAAGAACUCUCUGACAAUAGGAGCCAUUCAAGAGCCAUUCCUCUGGAAAGUUGUGGACUCUGCUUCGUUCAAGGUUUUUUUUUUUUUUUUUUUAAUGAUAUUUAUUAAGGUUUCAAUAAAAAAUUAAACAGAAAAACAUAAAAGAGAAAUACACAAUUCAGAAAUGCACAAUACAUAAUCCAAAAAAAAAAACCAAACAAAAAACAGAAGACAAAAAGGAAAAAAAAACAGUUAAAAACAAUAUCACCUUUUCAUUUCCAUCUUUAAAUUUACUUAUUUUCUGGACCUCCUCGUACCUCCUUCUUUUGUAUUCCAGUUCAAAUUGUUUGUCCAGCAAUUUCUUUCCCUCUUUUUUAAUCCCAAUCUUUAAUCUUAAUAUAAUAUAACAUUAAAAUUUUACCUCUUAAAAACCAAAUUUCCAUUUCCUUAAACUUCUUUAAUCCUAAUCCUUAAUCUUAGUCUGUCUAUAACUUUGAGUUCUGUAAAGCUGGAAACCACUUAUUUUCAAUCCAACAUCACUCUAACAUUCUUUAAUUUUGCAAUGUUUCUGCAGAUAGUCUUUGAAUUUCUUCCAAUCUUCCUCCACCGACUCUUCUCCCUGGUCAUGGAUUCUACCAGUCAUUUCCGCUAGUUCCAAAUAGUCCAUCAGUUUCAUCUGCCAUUCCUCCAGUGUGGGUAGUUCUUGUGUCUUCCAAUACUUUGCAAUGAGUAUUCUUGCUGCUGUUGCUGCAUACAUAAAGAAAGUUCUAUCCUUUUUUAUCACCAUUUGGCCGACUAUGCCCAGGAGAAAGGCCUCUGGUUUCUUGGGGAAGGUAUAUUUGAAUACCUUUUUUAAUUCAUUAUAUAUCAUUUCCCAGAAAGCCUUAAUCUUUGGGCACGUCCACCAAAGGUGAAAAAAUGUACCUUCAGUUUCUUUACAUUUCCAACAUUUGUUAUCGGGCAAAUGAUAGAUUUUUGCAAGCUUGACUGGGGUUAUGUACCACCUGUAUAUCAUUUUCAUAAUAUUCUCUCUUAAGGCAUUACAUGCCGUAAAUUUCAUACCUGUGGUCCAUAACUGUUCCCAGUCAGCGAACAUAAUAUUAUGUCCAACGUCUUGUGCCCAUUUAAUCAUAGCCGAUUUUACCGUUUCAUCCUGAGUGUUCCAUUUCACAGCAAGUUAUACAUUCUUGACAAAUUCUUAGUUUUGGGUUCUAAUAGCUCAGUUUCUAAUUUUGAUUUUUCCACCUGGAAGCCAAUUUUCUUGUCCAAUUUAAAUGCCUCCAUUAUCUGAAAAUAAUGAAGCCAGUCUCGCACUUUGUUUUUUAGUCUUUCAAAACUCUGCAAUUUCAGUCUAUCUCCAUCUUGUUCCAAAAUUUCCCAAUAUUUCGGCCAUUUGACCUCCAUAUUGAGCUUUUUCAAGGCUUUCGCUUCCAUUGGUGACAGCCACCUUGGGGUUUUAUUUUCUAAUAAAUCCUUAUAUCUUAUCCAAACAUUAAACAGUGCUUUCCUGACAAUGUGGUUUUUAAAUGCUUUAUGUGCUUUGACCUUAUCAUACCAUAAAUAUGCAUGCCAUCCAAAUACAUUGUUAAAACCUUCUAGGUCCAAAAUGUCAGUGUUUUCAAGAAGUAGCCAUUCUUUCAACCAGCAAAAAGCUGCUGAUUCAUAGUAAAGUUUGAGGUCUGGCAGGGCAAAUCCACCUCUUUCCUUUGCAUCCGUUAGUAUUUUAAAUUUUAUUCUGGGCUUCUUGCCCUGCCAGACAAAUCUAGAAAUAUCUUUCUGCCACCUCUUGAAACAAUCCAUUCUGUCCACAAUUUGCAAAGUUUGAAACAAAAACAACAUUCUAGGCAAUACAUUCAUUUUUAUCGCAGCAAUACGGCCCAGCAGUGAAAGCUUCAAAUUUGACCAAAUUUCUAAAUCUUUUUCACUUCAGCCCAACAUUUUUCAUAGUUGUCUUUAAAUAAAUUCCCAUUUUUGCUGUCAUGUUAAUCCCCAGGUAUUUAACUUUCUUAACCACUGUUAAACCUGUCUCAUUCUGAAACCUCUCUCUUUCAAUCGGUUUUAAAUUUUUCUCUAAAACCUUAGUUUUUGACUUGUUCAAUUUAAAUCCUGCCACUUGACCAAAUUCUUGAAUCAGUUCUAAAACCCUUUUAGUACUAGAUUCUGGCUCCUGUAACGUCAAUACUAAGUCAUCUGCAAAUGCUCUCAGUUUGUACUGUUUGGUUCCGACCUGUAUACCUUUAACCAACCAGUCCCUUCUAAUCAUAUUCAGCAAAACCUCCAGGACCGAAAUAAAAAGAAGUGGGGAAAUUGGGCAACCUUGUCGUGUCCCUUUUUCAAUUUUAAGUUCUUCAGUCACAACAUUAUUUACAAUUAAUUUAGCCUUUUGUUCUGAAUAAAUUGCACUUAUACCAUUCUCAAAACCUUGGCCUACCCCCACACCCUGUAGAUUCUUCUUCAUAAAGUUCCAAGAAAUGUUGUCAAAGGCUUUUUCCGCAUCCACAAAUAUCAAAACUGCUUUAGUGUUUAUGUUCACUUCUAAUUUUUCCAGAAUAUCAAUUAUAUUCCUCAAAUUGUCAGACAGAUGUCUUCCUGGGAGAAAGCCCGCUUGGUCUUUGUGAGUCUCUUCCAUCAACACUUUUUUAAAUCUCUUGGCCAAAAUGUCAGCAAAAAAUUUGUAAUCCACAUUAAGUAAUGAUAUAGGGCGGCAGUUUUUAAGCUGUGUCUUUUCAGACUCUGUUUUCGGUACAAGUGUAAUAUAUGCUUCUUUCCACGACUCUGGUGCUCUUUUCCCCUCCAUUAUUUUGUUGCAGACCUCUUUCAAAGGUUGAAUUAACCAUUCUUUCAAAGAUCUGUAGUAUCUAGAAGUCAAACCAUCCGGUCCUGGAGAUUUACCCAAUUGCAUAUUUUGAAUGGCACCUUCUAUUUUCUGUUCAGUUAUUUUAUAGUUCAAAAUUAGUUUAUUUUCUUGAGAUAUUUUUUGUAAUCCAUUUGUUUUCAAAAAUUGAUCUAAGUCUGUUUCUUUCAAUGGCCCUUGAGUAUAUAAUCGUUUAAAAUACCUCUGGAAACAAUUUCUAAUCUCUGCAGGGAUCUGUAUAUUUCUUCCUUCCACUUCUAAGUUCGUGAUUGUAUUUAGUUUUUGUCUCUUUUUCAUUUGCCAUGCCAACAAUUUACCACAUUUAUUGGCCGACUCAAAUGUCUUUUGUCUCAUUUGUUUAAUUUUCCAUUCUAUUUCCUGAUUCAUCAUUUUCAUGUAUUGUACUUGAUAUAACUUUAACUCUCUCAGAAUCUCUUGAGAUUUUGGGUUUACUCUCAGUCUUUUUUCACUUUCCUUUAUUUUGUCCAAUAUCUUAUCCUUCUUCUCAUUUUGAAUUCUUUUCUUUACUGCGUUCUGUUGUAUUAAGAACCCUCUCAUAACCGCUUUACUUGCGUCCCAGAUUACUCUUUUCUCCACGUUAGUGCUCAAAUUUAUCUCAAAAUAGUCUCUCAAGAUUUUUGGGGCCUUCUUAAGUACUUCUUCAUCUCUAAAUAAGGUGUCAUUCAUCUUCCAUCUGAAGGAGCCAGUUGGUGUUAGUCUCAUUUCCAUCUUAACAGCAUUGUGAUCGGAACAAGUUUUUGGGUAGAUUUCCACCUUUCUUGUCUUUGGUGCCAUUCCUCUAGUUAUCCAAAUUUGGUCAAUUCUUGUCCAUGUCAUUUUGGCUUCAGAAAAGAAAGUUCCCUCUUUAGCCAUGGGGUUUCUCAUUCUCCAAAUGUCAACUAAGUCCAAGUUGUCUGUCAUAUCAAAACAAGUUUUCGGUAGUCUGCCAUCCUUAGUGACUACCUGUCUUUGUGCCUUGUCCAUAUAUGUAGAUACCACUCCAUGCAUAUCUCCCAUCAGAAUCAUGUUAUAAUCCAUAUGGUCCAUCAGGGUCUCAUGCAACUUCUUAAAAAAUUCAGAUUUCCCAUCAUUUGGUGCGUAGAUUCCUACUAUCAAAAAUUUUUCUCCUUGUGUUUGAAUUUCAAUUGCCACAAAUCUUCCUUGGUCAUCUUUAAAAACAAAUUUCGGUGAUAAUCUGUCCUUUGCAUAAAUCACAACCCCUCUUUUUUAACUUUGUCCGAUGAAAUAAACUCCUGACCAAGUCUUUUAUUUAUCAACAAUUUCCUGUGUAAUCUUGUUAUAUGUGUUUCUUGUAAACAAAUUAAGUCCAAUUGUUCCUUUUUUAAUAGAUGAAAUACUGAUUUCCUUUUCUGAGGGGAAUUCAAACCACGUCAGUUCCAGGUUAGUAGUUGCAGGGCCAUGAUGUAAUUAUUUUGGUUCUCCUCCAACGGCACCUAGUGCCUGUUCCUCUUCCAUCGGUGGUAUCACUUUUUUCAGACGGUCUUUUAGUUCCAGAGAUAGUCCUGGUAUUUCUAAAGCUUCUCUUGCAGUUGUUCUUAACUCUCCUGUGACUUUCUUUUGUAGGUCUUCUCCGUGGUCUCUCCAAAAUUUAUCUUUGCCAUCUUCCGAUCUUAUUUUCCUCUUCUUUCCUUUGUAACUAAAAGAUAGGCCUUGAGGAAAUUCCCACCUAAAAUUAAUCCUAUUACUUUUCAGCAAAGUAACCAGGUCUUUAUAGUUAGAUCUGAGAUCCAGAAGGUGUUUCGGAAUGUCCUUAAAUAUCUCCACUCUUGUCUGAUGUAUUUCCAGUGUCUUCUGGAAAUGCAAACCCAAGAUCUUAUCCCUCUCUUCUUUUGUUCGAAGAGUGAUCAAACAGUCUCUCACCUUCUUUUCUCCUCUUUUUCCAAGUCUGAAGGCGUUCACUAUUUUAAAACUGUCCUUUACCAAUUCUGGAUUCCAAAAGUCAAAAAAUUCCUGCGUAAGAAAUUCAGCUAAAUUGUCCUUCUCCACUUCAGGUACCGAUCUGACCCUUAAAUUCACUUGUUUUUCUUUCAACUCAAUCAUAGACAGGGUUAACUUAUGAUCUUCCAAUUGUUUAUGUAACGGUGGUAUUUUCUCUUGAACCUCUUUAACCUUUGUAACAGACGCUGUAGCAAUUUCUUUAGCCUCCUCGGCAAUCUGACGUGUUGAGGCCGAUUCCUCUAAUAAUUUCUGAAUAGUCUCUGUAUUAGUAUUUUGAUUAAUACUUAUUGUAUUUUGAUCAAUCUUGUCUGAUGCCUCUGCUACUUGUUUACUUAUUUUAUCCAAAGAUUCAUUAACUUUAGCCAAAACUUGAGCAAAGGUGUCAUCACUUGCCAUACCUUUAGUUUUGGGUUGUGCCGAUGGGGCUACUAUUGGAACCCCAGAGGGGCCAGAGGUCGAAGCUCUUCUUUGCAGUCCACCUUCUGUUCGCAAUACUCUGCCUGACCUUGUUGCUUGUAACGCCUCUAAUUUCUCUUUUCCAUCUGCCAUACCCCUUUAGAUAAAACUCAAGGUCAGUCACACAGUUAAGUUCAAAAUUGUUUUGAAGUGGAAAAUUCCAAAAGAGCCGUGUGGUAAAAUCCUCAGGCCAGCUGCAAUUGCAAUUGUAACUAGUUGUAACAAAUCCAAGUUCCACUAGGGGGACACUGUAACAGUCAUAAAGUUCUUAAAUGCUUUACUUCUUCUUUAAGUCCCCCCAGUUUAUCAGGAAGAUAACAAUCUAUCUUAAACAGUUACUUUAAGACCAGGAGAUAUCUAUCAGCUUUGUUCAAGAUUUUUAAGCAGAUGUUGGGUGGCCUUCUGCCAGGGAUUCUUUAGCUGAGAUUCCUGCAUUGCAGGGAGUUGGACUAGAUGAGUCCAGUUCUACGAGUCUAUGAAUCUAUUUUAAGUUCUCGGGAGUUAUUGGGCAGGAUGCCUGGAGUGAAAUCAUCAGCAUACCGUACUUGUUGUCCUGUGGAUACUAGACAACCCUUGUUAAAUAUAAUCCUUUAUUAGGCAUAGCAAACCACAUAUUAUCAAACAGACACCGUAUACAAAUUGUGCAAAAUACGAGCCCAACAUAACAACCCUUAUUCCAAGAAGCAUUUGGAUGAGGAUCAUCUGGAUCCCCUAGAAAUUUCUAGCACUCAGGAAUAUCCCAGAACAAUGUUCAAGCAGGACCUGGGACCGUCAAAGAAGAAACAAGGAAGAGGAGGCAGAACAGCCCCUAAGCCCCUGGGAGUGAUGGGAUCUUAAGAGGCAGAAUAAGAUCAUCAGAAUCAGUAGAAGGGACUAAUCUGACUCAGCCUCCAGAGGGGUGGGACAUUCCUGGAAGGGAAUAUCAAAAAGGUGUCCCGUCCCCACCUUCUGCAUGCCUAGGAGUGCUUGGCUGCAGAGCCGGGCUCCUUUUGAGUAAAGGGCUAUUUAUGAGGAGGGCCUCAGCGGUGCCUGGAUAGGAGAUCUGGCAACUCUGCCUUAAGUCCUUAAUAGGAGGCAGAGAGAGCUGCUAAAAAGACGCUUCGCUUCCAACCCUGAUCUUUCCCUGCACUGCCUCCCUGUGGCCAUGCCUCUUAGCUGUGCCUUUGCCUAUUUUCUUGCCUGAACUGCUGCCUCGGUGUGGCCAGAUCUUGCAGUACAACUUGUCUGUGCCUUUGCCUCAGUUGCUUCGCUUCAACCAGACUAUGAGCUACUCUUAAGCUUGCCUGUUCCUCAUUAUCUGAACUGUGGGCUUGUGGCCUUUGCUGUGGAUUCUUGCCAGCCUGAACCUGUGGAAACAGGACAUUUGGGCUUCUGCUGAGAGUGCAUAUACCAACAUGGGGUCUCAUAACAACAACAACAACAACAACAACAAUUGUAUCCUCAGGGCAAAAUGGUCAGUUUGCAUUUUUAGUGCAGAAAGUAUGGAUCUGAUGUGUAGAGAUCUUUCCUAUUCUAAUUAAUUCAAGAGGGUUAUGGAAGCUUCUCUUUGUCAAAGAAACAAGUAGAAGGUUCCGGAUGUUUGGGUUAUUCAGAGAAGCUGAGUACAGCUGGUUUGAACUACUGUAGUUCUCUUGUCUCUUUCUGUCAAGGUCUUUCACUUUCUCUUUUCCUUCUGGUGUGAUGCUCUGUACAUAGUAUGCUUAGUGUUAAGGUUUAGACAUAUUACAAGUUAUUGUAAGUUUAAGCUAAGUCUGCUGCAACUGGAUUUCUUAUUUGUUGUUGUUUAGUUGUUUAGUCGCGCCCGACUCUUCAUGACCCCCUGGACCAGAGCACGCCAGGGACUCCUGUCUUCCACUGCCUCCCGCAGUUUGGUCAGACUCAUGUUUGUAGCUUCGAGAACGCUGUCUAACCAUCUCGUCCUCUGUCGUCCCCUUCUCCUUGUGCCCUCCAUCUUUCCCAACAUCAGGGUCUUUUCCAGGGAGUCUUCUCUUCUCAUGAGGUGGCCAAAGUAUUGGAGCCUCAGCUUCACGAUCUGUCCUUCCAGUGAGCACUCAGGGCUGAUUUCCUUCAGAAUGGAUAGAUCUUCUUGCAGUCCAUGGGACUCUCAAGAGUCUCCUCCAGCACCAGAAUUCAAAAGCAUCCAUUCUUCGGCGAUCAGCCUUCUUCAUGGUCCAGCUCUCACUUCCAUACAUCACUACUGGGAAAACCAUGGCUUUAACUAUACGGACCUUUGUUGGCAAGGUGAUGUCUCUGCUUUUAAGAUGUUGUCUAGGUUUGCCAUCGCCUUUCCCCAAGGAGCAGGCGUCUUUUAAUUUUGUGACUGCUGUCACCAUCUGCAGUGAUCAUGGAGCCCAAGAAAGUAAAAUCUCUCACUGCCUCCAUUUCUUCCCCUUCUAUUUGCCAGGAGGUGAUGGGCCCAGUGGCCAUGAUCUUCGUUUUGUUGAUGUUGAGCUUCAGACCAUAUUUUGCGCUCUCCUCUUUCACCCUCAUUAAGAGGUUCUUUAAUUCCUCCUCACUUUCUGCCAUCAAGGUUGUGUCAUCUGCAUAUCUGAGGUUGUUGAUAUUUCUUCCGCCAAUCUUAAUUCCAGUUUGGGAUUCAUCCAGCCCAGCCUUUCGCAUGAUGAAUUCUGCAUAUAAGUUAAAUAAGCAGGGAGACAAUAUACAGCCUUGCCGUACUCCUUUCCCAAUUUUGAACCAAUCAGUUGUUCCAUAUCCAGUUCUAACUGUAGCUUCUUGUCCCACAUAGAGAUUUCUCAGGAGACAGAUGAGGUGAUCAGGCACUCCCAUUUCUUUAAGAACUUGCCAUAGUUUGCUGUGGUCGACACAGUCAAAGGCUUUUGCAUAGUCAAUGAAGCAGAAGUAGAUGUCUUUCUGGAACUCUCUAGCUUUCUCCAUAAUCCAGCGCAUGUUUGCAAUUUGGUCUCUGGUUCCUCUGCCUCUUCUAAAUCCAGCUUGCACUUCUGGGAGUUCUCGGUCCACAUACUGCUUAAGCCUUCCUUGUAGAAUUUUAAGCAUAGCCUUGCUAGCAUGUGAAAUGAGUGCAAUUGUGCGGUAGUUGGAGCAUUCUUUGGCAUUUCCCUUCUUUGGGAUUGGGAUGUAGACUGAUCUUCUCCAAUCCUCUGGCCACUGCUGAGUUUUCCAAAUUUGCUGGCAUAUUGAGUGUAGCACCUUAACAGCAUCAUCUUUUAAAAUUUUAAAUAGUUCAGCUGGAAUACCAUCACUUGCACUGGCCUUGUUAUUUGCAGUGCUUUCUAAGGCCCAUUUGACUUCACUCUCCAGGAUGUCUGGCUCAAGGUCAGCAACCACACUACCUGGGGUAUACGAGACAUCCAUUUCUUUCUGGUAUAGUUCCUCUGUGUAUUCUUGCCACCUCUUCUUGAUGUCUUCUGCUUCUGUUAGGUCCUUUCCACUUUUGUCUUUUAUUAUGGAAAUCUUUGUACGAAAUGUUCCUUUCAUAUCUCCAGUUUUCUUGAACAGAUCUCUGGUUUUUCCCAUUCUAUUGUUUUCCUCUAUUUCUUUGCAUUGCUCGUUUAAGAAGGCCUUCUUGUCUCUCCUUGCUAUUUUUUGGAAAUCUGCGUUCAAUUUCCUGUAUCUUUCACUAUCCCCCUCGCAUUUUGCUUGCCUUCUCUCCCCUGCUGUUUGUAAGGCCUCGUUGGACAGCCACUUUGCUUUCUUGCAUUUCGAUUUCAUUGGGAUGGUUUUAGUUGCUGCCUCCUGUAUAAUGUUACAAGCCUCCAUCCAUAGUUCUUCAGGCACUCUGUCCACCAAAUCUAAAUCCUUAAACCUGUUCCUCACUUCUACUGUGUAUUCAUAAGGGAUUUGACUUAGAUUGUAUCUUACCGGCCAAGUGUUUUUUCCUACUUUCUUCAGUUUAAGCUUGAAUUUUGCCAUAGGAAGCUGAUUAUCUGAGCCACAGUCAGCUCCAGGUCUUGUUUUUGCUGACUGUAUAGAGCUUCUCCGUCUUUGGCUGCAGAAAAUAUAAUCAAUCUGAUUUCGAUGCUGCCCAUCUGGCGAUGUCCAUGUGUAGAGUCGUCUCUUGUGUUGUUGGAAAAGAGUGUUUGUGAUGACCAGCUUGUUCUCUUGGCAGAACUCUAUUAGCCUUUGCCCUGCUUCAUUUUGAACUCCAAGGCCAAACUUGCCAGUUGUUCCUUUUAUCUCUUGACUCCUACUUUAGCAUUCCAAUCCCCUAUAAUGAGAAGAACAUCCUUCUUUGGUGUCAUUUCUAUAAGGUGUUGUAAGUCUUCAUAGAAUUGGUCAACUUCAGUUUCUUCAGCACCAGUAGUUGGUGCAUAAACUUGAAUUACUGUGAUGUUAAAAGGUCUGCCUUGGAUUCGUAUCGAGAUCAUUCUAUCAUUUUUGAGAUUGCAUCCCAGUACAGCUUUUGACACUCUUUUGUUGACUAUGAGGGCCACUCCAUUUCUUUUACGGGAUUCUUGCCCACAGUAGUAGAUGUGAUAGUCAUCCGAACUGAAUUUGCCCAUUCCCGUCCAUUUUAGUUCACUGAUGCCCAGGAUGUCAAUAUUUAUUCUUGCCAUCUCACUUUUGACCACAUCCAACUUACCCAGGUUCAUGGUUCUUACAUUCCAGAUUCCUAUGCAAUAUUUUUCUUUACAGCAUUGGACUUUCCUUUUGCUUCCAGGCAUAUCCGCAACUGAGCGUCCUUUCGGCUUUGGCCCAGCCGCUUCAUCAGCUCUGAAUCUACUUGUACUUGUCCUCCGCUCUUCCUCAGUAGCAUGCUGGAUGCCUUCCAACCUGAGGGGCUCAUCUUCCAGCGUCAUAACUUUUAUAUGCCUGUUGUCUUUGUCCAUGGAGUUUUCUUGGCAGGGAUGCUGGAGUGGCUUGCCGGUUCCUGCUCCAGGUGGAUCACGUUUGGUCAAAACUCUCCACUAUGACCUGUCCAUCUUGGGUGGCCCUGCACGGCAUAACUCAUAGCUUCUCUGAGUUAAUCAAGCCCCUUCGCCACGGCAAGGCAGUGAUCCAUGAAGGGGAUUUCUCAUGGACACUGCCAAUCCUGAAUGUUUUGGAUUUGUGACCAUUUUGCUCAUUUGCCUUCAGUAGCAGUAAAGCUCUGCUGGAUGAAAUAAUAAUUGCCUCUGGUCUAUUUUUUUGGGAAUCCUGCAACAUGUUUAAGUUGUUGCUCUGCUAACUAUACAUUGGAAUCUACUCUGGAUCAAUAUUGAGUAGAAUUCUAUGGAAAAAAACACAGCAUAAAAAUACAACAUAAGAACACUAAAUGCAUAAUAAAAAUAAGAACAUAAGUAACCUAUAACUCCUACUCCGCUUCCCUCACCCAUUUCUCUGUCAGGAGCUUGUCCAACACUUGAGUAGGACCCUGGCAGAGACACAUGCCCGACUGGCAUGUUCUCUCCCUCCUGGUCGAUCGUUUGAGAGCUUCAAAAGCUUUCUUCAGCCCGAACAUCACAGCCAACAGAUAUUGGCACACUUAGGGAUCCGCAGAGUCUGCGCAGUUCGCGUGACAAACCUCAGCAACUCAGCAUUUUGGCUAAUCUACUUUAUUUACAUACAUAUAAACACACACGGAGCACUGCAACAUGGCUCCCUCUCUCUCUAGCAUCAGACAGCAAAGAGAAAAAACAAAGGACAAUAGUCCCACUUCACGGAACACAGUAACACAAACAUCCUGUCUCCAUCACUUCCCACUCGGUGGAGUCAAAACAUAUACCCUCAUGUAAUAGACAACAAUCCCAUGACUGCAAUCACAGAGCUGGAAUUCUAACAUUCUCUACCAUUGUAGCUCACCCAGCUUUUCCUCUGGCUCAGACAAUGGUGGUGGUGAGAGUGAGGACUGAUUGGUGCUAACCCAUGUCCUUCUUCAUCUUUCCCCUCCUCCCCUGCCUCAAUAGGCACUUUGAGUCAAGCAGCAGAGAAUCCGACCUAUCAUGUGAAUGGGAUCCUGGGAGGAUCGGUAUUCCUUUCUUUAAAUGCACCCCCAGCCAAAAAAGUGGUCAAAAUUGAAUGGGCCUUCCACCCCACAUCUGGGAAUCCAUACCCGCUUGGUGAGUUCAGGGAUGGAAAACUGGAUCUGUCAAAUCUCAGGAGCAUGUAUGAACAACAGAUGGAAACUGGUGAUGCCGUCGCAUUGAGGAUCGAGAACUUGGCAAUGGUUGAUGAGACCACGUUGAGGAUCAAGAACCUGACAAUGGAGCAUGGUGGGAUCUAUGAAGCUCGUACCUGGAUUAACUCUGCGCUGUUCCAAGAACACCACUUCAUCCUCACUGUUUAUGGCAAGUAAUGAUUUCACCAUCUUUGUCAGUUUGUAGUGGAGCUGAGCAUAGAAUGGGAAGAUCAUGGAAUAUGAUGAGGAACCUUUUUCAGCCUGAGAGCCACUGUGCUGGUCCUGGGGUGGGGUGGGGGUACCGUGUGGCAUGGUCUGAGUCUGGUCCUGGGUCGAGGGUCUGGAGGCUGUCCAUCAAGGGCGAAGCGGGGUCCAAGGCAAGGAGCUGGGCAUGGUCAGGAACUCUGGAAGAGCAGAUCAGGGUGCUGGCAGGAACAGGAUUCCAAUGAUGUUGCUCCCGCAUCCUGGGACAGGGCUGACUGGCCUUUAUCUCCUCUGAGGCCUAGGGCGGUCCUAGCCCACAGGUGACUCGCCUCUCCUGGCCUUAAGGCGAGCACUCCUCCUGAGAGAAGAUAGUUCCCUCCGCCUCUCUACCCUGAGCCUCUGCAGCUCCAGAGAGGCUGGAGGGAUACUGGACCCAGAGGCAACCUCACCUUCCCCUGACAGGGCUGAGAGAGGCGCACCUGCAGGCAAUGGGUCCUCGAUCACCUCUGGAGCCAGAGCGGAUUUAGCUGGUGUCUGCUGCUGAGGAUCCGGCACAGGUGAGGGCCCUUCAGGUUCAAGCCCCAGCCCCGGCUCAGCCGGCUCUGGAGGCGGGAACUCCUGUGCAGGCUGGGAAUCCUCAGGUUCAGCCUCUGAAUCUGAUUCCCAGGCCAUCACAGCCACAUUCUCACCUAGGCAACAUUCCAGGGGGCACAUGGCAGUGGGGCACAAAAUCAGAGGAAAUAAGUGCGUGGUGUUGGAAUCUCCGUUCGCCCGAGCUGAUAAAGCUCAUCUUCCGAAAUUGCCCUCCGACUGCCCAGUGGCAAACAGAAACUAACAUGUGGAACAUUGAGUCCGAAUGUUACUGUUCUACAAUAUGCUAGUUUCUUCACAUGUGUGCAACCCCCAUCCUCCAUCCAGGAAGCAAGGGGCAUUAUCAAAAUUCAAUAAUACUUUUCACCCAGACAAAAGAACUGAAGGAGGGUGUGACUCAAGGCCAGUGAGGGGAGUAUGUCUGGGAAAGAUAUGUGGCUCUGGGAACUCUGGGAAAGGACUCUGGGAGAGAGUCCUGAGGGCCAGAUAGAGAUGCUUGGGGGGACAUAUUUUGCCUCUGGGCCCAAAGGUCCCCACCUCUGCCCUACACAGUUACAGAGAGGCAUGUGGGGCACGAACGCCUAAUGUAAUGAUCUCAUGCAGGUAAGGAAGCCCCGAUAAGAAUUCAUGAGUCUCUGGCAGUUUUAUGGUACAUUUAUUUACAAUUAGCAUGCUGAGCAUGGCUCCAAGCCUGCUGCUCUUUUCUACAAGUUGGUCACUCUGAGUCUCCGCCCCUAUCACAACGCAAAGUGUGCCAAAGUCCAGUCCUUCCUCUCUUGUAAUUCUGUUGCAUUUUAACAUUUGCAGCUCUUCUGGUUCAGGGAGGAGGUAGGUGAACUCCCCCCCCCCACUAUAAAACGAAGAUCCCUCUAAACGUUGCUUGCCUCCUGGUUGCAUAGCAACCCCCUCAAUGUCAUCUAUCUCCUCCCCUCCCUCUGCCUGUGAGUUCUCUGAGUCUGCCGCUCUAUCUGAGUCUGGGAAUUCUUGAUGAAGUGGUGCAGAACUAACUCACUUCUGCUCUGUCUGUGGCUGCAACCCCUCGUCUCCAGAGUCAGGCUCUGGCUCCCUCUGUACUGGCAUUCCUUCAUCUCCAGAGUCAGACUCUUCCUAGGCAUUCUAUUCAUCCACAUGCCUGACACCUAAUUACUUUCAUUUCUGUUAAAACAGAGCCAGUGCCAAGACCAUGGAUACAACAUAAAGUAGAAUCUAAGACUCCAGAAGGCUGCACUGUGUCCUUACAGUGCCAGGCACCUGUAAAGGAGGAGUACACUAUCUCCUGGAAAAGAGGGAAUUCACCCAGGGUCUCAGCAGGAGGUUUGGAUAAGUACUGGCUUUCUGACCAUGGAAGGAAUCUCCACGUCUCCUGGCGAAAAAACUCUUCUGACUCCACAUUCACUUGCCUGGUCAGCAAUCCUGUUGAUCAAAACCGUGCCUCAUUUGACUUGCUCAGAAUUUGUGCAAGUGGGGAAGGUAAGAAAUGUAUCAUCCCUUUCAUAACCCACUGGUUCUGCUUGGAGUGGUGAAUACUCAGGCAUUCCCUCAAGUUCAAGAACACUGUCCAACCAUCUUGUCCUCUGUCGUCCCCUUCUCCUUGUGCCCUCCAUCUUUCCCAACAUCAGGGUCUUUUCCAGGGAAUCUUCUCUUCUCUUGAGGUGGCCAAAGUCUUGGAGCCUCAGCUUCAGGAUCUGUCCUUCCAGUGAGCACUCAGGGCUGAUUUCCUUCAGAGUGGAGAGGUUUGAUCUUCUUGCAGUCCAUGGGACUCUCAAGAGUCUCCUCCAGCACCACAAUUCAAAAGCAUCCAUUCUUCGGCAAUCAGCCUUCUUUAUGGUCCAGCUCUCACUUCCAUACAUCACUACUGGGAAAACCAUAGCUUUAACUAUACGGACCUUUGUUGGCAAGGUGAUGUCUCUGCAAUGUGAUCUUUUCCAUGAUGCACCUCUCCACAUAAAAAAGUGUUCACAUAAAUAUACAGACUAUUGAAAAAUAAUCUUCAAAAUAAAAUGUGGGAAAGGAACACUGUCACUUUAUAGAAUAAGAACAGUCCAAUGGUAGAAAUGGUUUUAUCACCUUUCUUUUCCUGAGUACGUGAUCUUUUGUACAUUACACCAACAACUGGGAACACACUGGCCUGCGAGCGCUCCAGCUGGAGAACAGCCUUGACCAAAGGUGUCAUGGGCUUUGAAGACGCUCGAACUCAGGACACAAGGGAGAAACGUGCUAAGAGGGAGGCAGGCUUGGCAAAUCCACACCGUGAUCAACUCCUGCCCAAGAACCAAUGUCCCCACUGUGGAAGGAUGUGUGGGUCCAGAAUUGGCCUCCACAGUCACUUAUGGAUUCAUUGUUAUUUUUUUAUUUUUUUUUAAAUGAUAUUUAUUAAAAUUUCAAAAAAGACAAGAAUUACACAAAAACAAAAAAUAAAAAUACAAGAAAAUACAAGAUACAGAAAAAAGAAUAACAAAACCCUUAUUAAGAUAUAACAAAGAAAUGAAAAAUAAGAGAAACAUACAAAAUAAAAACAGUUAAAAACACAUUAAUUUUCCAUAGCAUAUCUUCCAUACACUUAUUUCCCGGACCUCCUCGUACCUCCCUUUUUGUAUUCCAGUUCAAUUUGUUAGUUCAGCAAAUCCUUACCAUUAAGCUUUUACCCAUUUGUGAACCUUUUUCGUAUCUCUUAAAGCAUUACAGCUGGAAACCACUUAGUUUCUAUCCAACAUCCUUCUAAGAUUCAUUAAUUUUACAAUAUUUCUGUAAAUAGUCUUUAAAAUUUCUUCCAGUCUUCUUUCACCGACUCUUCUCCCUGGUCUCGGAUUCUGCCAGUCAUUUCUGCCAAUUCCAUGCACUUAUGGAUUCAUUGUUAAAACCGUGUUUAUGGAAAACAAUCUUACUUGGCUACGAGUGAUCGCCAAAGAAGAAGAAAGAAAUAUCUUACCUUAUUUUAUUGUCUGCCACUUUGGCAGUCUUUGGUUUAUAAAUCUACCAAUAAAUAAUAGAAAUAAUAACAAGAGUGGAGAAUAAUAUAAAGUAGUCCAGGGCAACAGUAAUGGAACAAGACCUUCUUCUUUCUUAUGGUAUUUACUCAAAUGUAAUGCACAUCUCGGGGGCGUGGGUGGCACUGUGGUGUAAACCACAGAGCCUAGGAUUGCCGAUCAGAAGGUUGGCGGUUCGAAUCCCCGCGACGGGGUGAGCUCUCGUUGUUCAGUCCCAGCUCCUGUUAACCUAGCAGUUCGAAAGCACAUCAAAGUGCAAGUAGAUAAAUAGGUUCCCCUCCGGCAGGAAGGUAAACGGUGUUUCCUGGUUCACCAGAAGCAGCUUAAUCACGCUGGCCACAUGACUCAGAAAAACUAUCUGUGGACAAACAUUGGCUCCCUUGGCCUGUAAAGUGAGAUGAAUGCCGCAACCCCAGAGUCGUCUGCAACUGGACUUAACUGCCAGGGGUCCUUUAACUUUUUAAUGCACAUCUCUUUUUUGCCAAAUUAAGUCACAAAAAUUAGGGUGCACAUUAGAUUUGAUAGUACAGUUACAUUUGCCAGCAAAUACUAUUUGGGUUUCAAGGUUUUGAAAAUGGAGGUGUGCAAUAGUUUUGAUGGCUCAUUCAAUUUGUGUAAAUAGAGUAUUUGUUCUGCUUCUCUUAGUCACAUAGGGGAGGUCCAUUUGGUGGCUGUUAUUGCAGUUCGUUCCAAGAGCCUCUUAUUGUUUGUUGCAGGUGGACAACAAAAGUACUGGGGGUUCCUGCUGCUUCCCAUCUGUGCUGUUGGAGCUUCUGCAUGCCUGAUAAUGAUAUGGAAGAAGAAAAGGUUGGGAAAGGAGAAAGGUAGAACCAUCUCUGUUAAUCCUCUUAAUUACCUGGGAUGGAGGUUAACUGCCAAAUAUGUGUCUGCCUCUCCCUUGCUCCUCUUGAGAGGCAGAGGUUGGCCAGUGCCAUGACAUGAACAGCAGGUUUCAUGUUCUGCUCUGUAGAUGCUGCUUCUGCGAUGCAAGCUCAAGAGGGCUCUCCUGCGCCCUUCCUCAGAGGAGACCCCCCCAAAGAUGGUGAUGACCUACUGAGAUGAGCAUUUACAGUAAGGAAGGCUGGAGGACCGGAUGAGAUGUUUGGAAGCCACGUAAUACUAUGGCAUUGUUUUUUAACAUUUGUUAGUACUACUAGGAGUAGUCAGGGCUUCUUCUUUUUCCCCAGCCAGAACGCUCUGGAACAGAGUUCAUUUAUCUAUCACCUUGAAACACCAUUGCAGGGGGUUGGACCAGAUGGCCCUCAAGAUCCCUUCCAACUCUUCAGUUCUAUGAUUCUAUGAAACAAAUCAUCUUAGAGGAGUGGUUGGCUACUAGCCAUGAAGGCUAUGCUCUGCCUCCGUGGUCAAAGGUAAUAAUGCUUCAGAAUAGAAGUGGCUGCAACCUGCAGGAGGGGAAAGUGUGUCAGUUUGAUUUCAUAAUACCAAAAGUAUUGAUCUGAUGAAUAGAGAUCUUUCCUGUUCUAAUUAAUUAAGAGGGUUCUGGAAGCUUCUCUGUGUGAAAGAAACAAGCAGAAGGUUCAUGAUGUUUGGGUUAUUCCUUCAGAGAAGCUGAGCACAGCUCACUUAAACUGGUUCUUUUAUCUCUUCCUGUCAAGGUCAUGCUGAUUAUAAUCAUAAGGCCAGACAGAGCCGGGGUUUCACUUCUUUCUUUCUUUCUUUCUUUCUUUCUUUCUUUCUUUCUUUCUUUCUUUUUGAUGUGGUAUUCUGUGUAUAUAGUGUUAAGUUUUAGACUUACUAUAAGUUAUUCUAAGUUUAAGUUAAGUCUGCUGCAACUGGAUUUCUUAUGGACAGUGCCAAUUCUGAACGUAUAUGAAUUUGUGACCAUUCUGCUCAUUUGCCUUCGGUAGCAGUAAAGCUCUGCUGGAUGAAAUAUUCAUUGUUUCCAGCAUUUGGAAAUGUAAAGAAAAAGAAGGAUCUUUUUACCCCAAUGGUGGGAAUGUAAGAAAGUAAAAAACUUGUGGGAAAUGAUAUAUAAUGAGAUGAAAAAGAUGUUGAAAUAUACAUUUAUUAAAAAAACCAGUAGCAUUUUUACCUGGCAUUGUAGGGGAUGAUAUUAAAAGACAAGAUCGUAAAUUGUUUUUAUAUGCAACAACGACAGCAAGAAUAUCAUUGAAACAAAAAUGGAAACAAGAAGAAUUACCGAUGAAAGAAGAGCGGCAAAUGAAAUUAAUGGAUUAUGAAGAAUUAGAUAAACUAACAGGAAGGAUUCAAAACCUGCAGGAGAUUCUUAGAGGACUGGAGUAAAUAUCUGAACUAUCUGAAAAACAAUUGUAAUAAAGAGAUUACGCUAGUAGGACUGCAAGACGUUUUGUAAGGAGGAUUAUGCAAAAUAUUGCAAGGAAGACUAUGAAGAGAAUAUUACCGUAGUUAAGGACAAUUAAAAGUAACAGAGAAAUUAAGAAAUGCAGAUUAAGUGAUAAAGAAUGGAAAAUCUUCAGAGGUAGUUGACGGAAGUCUAAAACAUUAUAUAAGAUAAAAAUGUAUGUUAAAUGACUGUUGGAAAUGAUGUUAAAAAAUUUAAUUAAAAUGUGUGUGUGUAUUAAUUGUCUCUGGUCUAUUUUUGGAAAUCCUGCAAUGUGCUCAAGUUUUCACUCUGCUAACUAUACGCUGGAAUCUGUUCUGGAUCAAUAUUGAAUAGACUUCCAUGACAGAGUGCUCAAGUGCAAAUUCCUAUGUAUAAUACAUCAAAUUAUCUGCCUUCAUGUACAGUACACAGUAGAUAUUCUAUAUUUUGAAAGUAGGCUAGGGUCAGUUAUUUAGUGAUAGCAAAUCUGUGUAUUAGUAUUAGGUAGAAGGAAUAAGAAUGCUCUCCCUUUAAGAAAAGAUACUGCCUUUCCCCCUUUUUUAGACAUCAAGGCAGGUUGGGAUAUAUUCUAGUUUCUAUUGCCUCUGACCAGAGGGGAAGAAACCUCCCUUCCCCCUUUGCAAUCUAGUUUCAGUCUAAUACUUGAAUACGCAGGAAGAGGGGCAAACUCAUUUGCUCUCACAGAACUCCAUAGAGAACUUCAUAAAAUACUUCUAACCAUCUUCAUUCAGAGCCAAAGAACAGCCUAUUGGAAUGUGGGUAAUAUUUCUACAUGUGCCUUGAUUAUCCUCAAUAAGUUUAUGUAUGAGAGCUUUGUGGAGUUUUGUUGAAUACUAUCCAGACUGAGAGAGAAGUUUCAGGACUGAACAGUGGGCAAUAUUCUUGACAGAACCCCAUCAAAACAGCAAAACAGCAGCCUCCUAUAAUGAUCUGAAGGCAUUCGCUUUAAAAAAACAACAGCCCAAUUUUUGCUUACAGUUUUCUUUGGCAGUAACCAUUUAUUCCCCAUAACAAAAAGAAGAGGGAAAGUGGUGCUCAGAGUGGAGCAACUAAAUUCUUAGAAGGAGCCCUUAUCUCUGAUCAGCCUCACACUGUUUUUGAUCAAGACUGCUGACCUCUGUUUGGCAGCUGUAUCUCAAAACAUCAUCUUCUAAUAAAAGCAGAGCAAAAUUUUAAGCUAAUUUCUGAUCAUCUUAUUUAUUUAUCUUGCUGGUUGCUUGUCACCCAAAGGUCUUCAAGAGACCUUCACAUUAAAGAAAAAUAUAUGUACAUACAUAAAACCAUGGAGGGAAGGGGUAAUGUGAUAUGUUCAUAUUUUGUAUAACAUACAACUUAAACAAAAUCAAAAAGAACACACCAGUCACAUAAAGAGUAACAAACAAGAUUAGCAAUACUCAGACAAUUAACAAAGCAAUUCUCCCACCCACUAAUAAGUAGAUGAACAUACCUCAUCCUUCAGUCCAAACACCAUUCCAUUGGAACUAACACCCCCCCCCACACACACCCUUAACCUCCCUACCCAGAAUUAUGGAGUCUGGCCAGCUGAUCUCAAUCCAGGGCCCUCCUCCAGGGAUGAUCUGGCAUCUCUCCUCUCCCUACAUAGGUGAGCCCAGGGCCAGAUUUAGGUUUGAUGAGGCCCUAAGCUACUGAAGGUAAUGGGGCCCUUUAUAUGUCCGGCUGUCCUUAAAAAGGUAAAGGGACCCCUGACCGUUAGGUCCAGUGGUGGCCGACUCUGGGGUUGCGGCGCUCAUCUCGCUUUAUUGGCUGAGAGAGCUGGUGUACAGCUUCCAGGUCAUGUGGCCAGCAUGACUAAGCUGCUUCUGGCGAACCAGAGCAGCACAUGGAAAUGCCGUUUACCUUCCCGCCAGAGUGGUACCUAUUUAUCUACUUGCACUUGGACAUGCUUUCGAACUACUAGGUUGGCAGGAGCAGAAACCGAGCAACGGAAGCUCACCCAAUUGCAGGGAUUCGAACCACCGACCUUCUGAUCGGCAAGCCCUAGGCUCUGUGGUUUAACCCAGUGCGCCACCUGCGUCCCUCCAGCUGUCCCUAGUCAACAACAAAUUGCCGCUUUUUCUGUUGAAUAUAUGCUAUAUAGUAAUUUAUGGACCUAUAAAGCCAUUUGCACAUAACAAAAUAUGUAUUUUAUCAAAGUAAUUGUUGAACUGAAAUAGAAUUAAGAAGUAUAUUAAUAGUGAAAUACAUUUCAGAAGAAGUAUAUUAAUAGUGAAAUAAUUAAGCUCUAACUUAAAAUGGUUUUUUAUUCAUAACAAACUACAAGCACUCUUUAAUAUUAGGCACAACAGCUUGACCUACAUUCAACUGCGCUGCGCUGCAGUCUGCGUGCUACACGUUGCCCUGCAACCAGUCCAUGCAGAAUGUGGGCACACUAUAUAUAGAAAUGAGCUAACCAGGGAUAUUUUAGGGAGCAGGCUAGCCCAUUACUUACACCAUAGGAGCCUACACAACACAAAACACUGCUGCUGUAUGUAGGUUUUAUUUUAUUUGUUUUUUAGCCUAUAUUUUGGAAAUGUACAUCCAGGGUUUUUCCUUUAAAUUAAUGCAACAACUUAAACAUGUUGCAGGAUUCCCAAAAAUAGACCAGAGGCAAUUACUAUUUCAUCCAGCAGAGCUUUACUGCUACUGAAGGCAAAUGAGCAAAAUGGUCACAAAUCCAAAACAAUUGCGAAGCAACUGAGGCAAAGGCACAGACAAGUUGUACUGCAAGAUCUGGCCACACCGAGGCAGCAGUUCGGGCAAGAAAAUAGGCAAAGGCACGGCUAAGAGGCAUGGCCACAGGGAGGCAGUGCAGGAAAAGAUCAGGGUUGGAAGGGAAGCGUCUUUUCAGCAGCUCUCUCUGCCUCCUCUUAAGGAUUUUAAGGCAGAGUUGCCAGAACUCCCAUCCAGGCACUGUUGAGGUUCUCCUCAUAAAUAGCUCUUUACUCAAAAGGAGACCUGCUCUGCAGCCAAGCACUCCAAGGCAUGCAGAAGGUGGGGACGGGACACCUUUUUGAUAUUCCCUUCCAGGAAUGUCCCACCCCUCUGGAGGCUGAGUCAGAUUAGUCCCUUCUACUGAUUCUGAUGAUCUUAUUCUGCCUCUUAAGAUCCCAUCACUCCCAGGGCUUAGGGGCUGUUCUGCCUCCUCUUCCCUGUUUCUUCUUUGACGGUCCCAGGUCCUGCUUGAACAUUGUUCUGGGAUAUUCCUGAGUGCUAGAAAUUUCUAGGGGAUCCAGAUGAUCCUCAUCCAAAUGCUUCUUGGAAUAAGGGUUGUUAUGUUGGGCUCGUAUUUUGCACAAUUUGUAUACGGUGUCUGUUUGAUAAUAUGUGGUUUGCUAUGCCUAAUAAAGGAUUAUAUUUAACAAGGGUUGUCUAGUAUCCACAGGACACCAAAUACUGUAUGCUGAUGAUUUCACUCCAGGCAUCCUGCCCAAUAACUCCCAAGAACUUAAAAUAGAUUCAUAGACUCGUAGAACUGGACUCAUCUAGUCCAACUCCCUUCAAUGCAGGAAUCUCAGCUAAAGAAUCCCUGGCAGAAGGCCACCCAACAUCUGCUUAAAAAUCUUGAACGAAGCAGAGUCCACAACUUUCUAGAGGAGUCCAUUCCACUGUUGAAUGUCUCUUACUGUCAGAGAAUUCUUCCUAAUGUUUAGCUGGUACAAACUGGCUUGUAUUUUGAAGCCUACAUCAAAAGGCAAUGUGUCCUUUUCCACAGUGUCAGGGUUGAACCAGAGGUCUCAAGUUCCCCAGAGGGAGGGGAAGGUUGAGGAGCAGAAGACAGGGAAGAGAUGCCUGAGGAAGGGGGAGGCAAUGAGGAGAGAGCAGUUGGAAUAAGCUCAGAAAGUUCACAGGCAUUGCAAGGGGUAAGCUCCGGCUCAGAAGAAUGUGAUGGCCUGGGACUUGGGCUCGGACUUGGAACCAGAGAAGCCUCAGUCUGCACUGGAUCCUUUGCCUCAGGCGGCAUCUGAACCAAGUCAGGGGCCUGAUCCUGAAGAGUCCCAUUCUGCACAGGCUCCCCUGCAACAAACACCAGCUGGGCCCAGUUAGAGGCCUGAGCCUGCCCUGGCUCCAGAUGCGGAGAUGACCUCGUUGCCUUCAGCUGGGCCAUCACUUACAGCUGCUCCACUACCGGUUGGGUCAAGAGAGGCUGAGGCGGCCCCUGGGUCUAGUAACCCACUGAUGUCUCCCGAGCUGCAGAAACUAAGGUCUGAGAGACCUGAGUUCUUGCAGGAGGAGUGCUCACCUUCAGGCGAGACAGGGAGGUGAGUCACCAGGGGAUCAGGACCAACCAUUACCCUGACAAAGAUAAAAGGCUGUCGGACCACGCCCCAGGUCGCGGGAGCAAUAUUGCUGUUUGCCAGAACCUGCCUGAGACCCUGUGCCUGACCUUGACUGGUUUCCUGCCUUGUCCCCUGCCUUGGCCCUGUCAGACUGACUCCUCACAGAAUCCUUGGUGUGAUGGCCUGGGAUUCCGAUUCAGAGGCUGAACCGGAGGAAUCUCAGCCUGCACAGGAGUCCCCGCCUCCAGGGCCGGCUGAACUGGGUCAGGGCCUUGAUUCUGAAGCGCCUGCACCUGUGCCGGAUCCUCAGGAGCAGGCACCAGGUGAAUCCACUCUGGCUCCGGAGGUGGUUGAGGACUCAGUGCCUACAGGUGAGUCUCCCCCUGGGCCCAGUAACCCUUCGGCCUCUCCUGAACUGCAGAGGCUCAGGGCAGAGAGGCGAAGGGAACUGGUUUCUCCCAGGAGGAGUGCUCGCCUUAAGGCCAGGAGAGGCGGGUCUCCUGGGGGCCGGGACCGCCCCUGGCCUCAGAGAAGAUAAAGGCCAGUCAGCCCAGUCCCAGGUUGCGGGAGCAACGUCGUCGAUGAGCUGUUUCGGCCAGCAUCCAGUCCUGUUCCCCCAGUGUUCCUCUCCCCACCCGGCUUCCAGCUUCGGACCUCACCUCGCUCCUUGAGAACUGUUUCCAUACCAGUGACCGAGGACCGGACUUUGACUACGCCAACGGCAACCUUCCCCCCGGGACCAGCACACUUGGAUUCGGGACCGCACCUGAACUGUAGUUCUCGGGUUACCCCCAGGCCCAGCACAAAGAAGGGGGUGCAAGAUUUACGACUGCCUUAGAGAGGCUUGUACCGUUUUUUUUGCUCUAUAAGAUGCACUAGACCAUAAGACGCACCUAGUUUUUGGAGGAGGAAGACAAGAGAUAAUAAAAAAUAAUAUUCUGAAUCUCAGAAGCCAGAACAGCAAGAGGGAUCGCUGUGCAGCCUGCAUUCGCUCCAUAAGACACACACACAUUUCCCUUUACUUUUUGGGAGGGAAAAAGUGAGUCGUAUAGAGCAAAAAAUGUGGGAUGUAAACACAGGAGCAGUCAAUGACAACAUUCCUAGAGUGUACAUGUUAGAACAUGGGGAGGGAUGUCUGUCCAGCAAGCAGGUAAACUUCCUGGGAACGGACUUCCUCCGCAUGUGACCAGAGGUGGGUGUGGCCUCACCUGUGCAGGUAAUGACAAAAGCACAGGGCAGGCAGCCACUCUCUCUCUCUCUGCCAUUUUCCUUCGACGAGGAAGCAUCUAAAGAUGGUCUCUUGGCUCUCAGCCAAGAGAGGAGGAAAGGACUAUCUUGCUAUAAGAUAGAUUCUGAAUAUAUGUAACCUUUUUAAGCUGUCUGCCUUCUGGGAUCAUAUUGUGAACAGAACGUGAAUAAACUCUUUUAUACUUUUAUAAAGACUGUGUCGUGUCUUGUAUUUUAAGAGGGAACAAAAAGGGGAAAUUACCAGAGUAAUUAUUAUAGAGGUUCUAGCGAACCUGUGCACACGUUACCGUUGCGAACUUAAAGGGGAAUGUUUAUAAACUCUGCUGAUAUUUUGGGAACUUGUUAGCACAAGUUGGAUAAGGAUAUAAUCCCACAAUAUAUCCUCUCCUGCACCCCAGAACAUUCCCACAAAAAAUACGGUAAUUAAACGUUGGAAUGAGCACAAGGGUGGGAGACUUCACCAUUUUAUGAGCUGUUUGAGGGGCAAACACAGGUCUCAACUUAAAUCUGAGCUCAGUGACUCUGAUGGGUGAAUCGUCUACUAAUUGCUACUUGUAAAUCUGUAAAUAAAGAUAAUAAAAACACCAAAGAGACUCUCGUGGCUUCUGUGUGAGAAGAGACGCCCGCAGCUCUGACACACAACUCCCUUUUUAAUUUGUACAAAUGACCACAAUCAGAGGGAUGUUCAGUAGCGAUUAGGCGUCACAGCACACUCUAAAAGUUGUUCCCAACAAUGCAAGGAAGGGGAUGCAGGAUCUCUUUAAGAGCACAGCUUUGCUGGGAGGGGUUCAGGUGCAGAGAGGGUUUUAUCAGUGAGCCAUGCUUUGCAAUUCCAUGCAAAUAAGCAACAGGGAACCAGUAACGAACUUUAUCAUUGUCAAUUAUUUACCCCUUCAGAACAAAACAGACUUACAACGUUUCUGUGGCUUGAAAGCUGUACAAGUAUUGAAGGAAUUAACCAAAGGAAAAGUAGAUUAACAGCUUGAAUACGAGAAGGAUCUUAAGGCUUCUGCAAGUGUCUUCAUUAACUUUUCUGUCUGAUUGUGGAGGGAGACUCAGGACUUACCAAAUGAAGUACAGAUCCAUGGAGUGAAGAGAAGGAUGGCCAGGAGGCUUCUGCUCGGGACUUCCACAAUCAUUUUGGCCAGGAGCGAAGAGAGCUUUGUUUUCAGCCCAAUGCCUUUCCUAAAAGGGAUCGCCCACACUUCCUCUUGUCCUGCGCCUAGAAAGUCCAGGUCUCAGCGGUUUCCCACUUGCGCGCUCCUUUUCCCAGGUAAUUCCCACUAUAUACCUCUAAAUCAGAACAAAUUGCGAUCCCCAGGAACCCCGAUUGUUGCUUGCCCCCAUUGAGAGUGCUCAGGCGCAGUCUUUCUUCUCAUCUAGAAGAUGAGACACUGGUAAGGUCCAAAAGAAUCUUCUGAUGCUACUUCUUGCCGUAAGAAAUUGUGCCAUUUGCAUGCCCGGAGUUAUCAGUGGCACCAUUUCAGCCUGAGCCAGGCUUUUAAAACCGCGACGCCACAUCACAACUUGACUCAGACUUUUAUUUUUCAUAGCACAGGGGAUUUUUAAAAUAUUCCGUAUGUGGGGCUGGCCCGUGAUGCUUGCCCCUAGAAAUAAAUCCAUGCCCCCUCCCGCCGCAAAUUCCUGUCCCCCACCGCUCAGCGCUAGAAGAUGCUAGAAGAUGCUCUCUGUCGCCGUCUCCUGCUCCUCCUCCGCUGCGCCCAAGACAUAUUAAAAGCGGGGUAAUUUGAGACAGGACGAAAGCGGGGGGCGAGGAGGCGAGGCUGCUGCUGCUGCUGGACCGGGAUACCGGCGCUGGGCUAAAUCCGAGACCCUCCGAAAAAUCCUCCCUUCCCCCUCAGCGCAUUUUCCCCUCCCAGGCAGGACUUGGAGGAGCCUCUUCAGGAUUUAUGGUGGGUGGGGCAGAACCUCAGUCAAGUAUUUGUAUUGAUUUACUUAUUUGGGAGGCAGCUGCCCCCCUUGGCUACACCCACGCCCGCUUUCCAGAGGGUGUUUUUAUUUUCCUUCUCCAUUCCUGCUCUUUCUUUACAGAUUCUGGUCUCUCUCCCUCUUUUCCUCCCUCUCUUCUUUGCUUAUUUCCCCCCUUCCUUUCCUCUGCAAUUCCUCGCCGGUCUCUCUCGUCUUCGUUUCCAUGUCAUCUAUCUUUCCGUCUUUCCUUCUUUCCUCUCUCCUCUAUCUGCUCCCCCUCUUUCCCCCUUUCGUCACCCUUUUCUCUCCCGCCUGUCGCAUUCUAGCGCCUCCCUUUUCCCUUUUAUACACGAGCACAGCUGCCUGAAUGAAUUUUUAGUGUCACUAUGCAAGUCCCACGACAACGUUUCACUCUCCGCCACGGACAUUUGUGCGUGAACGCGUCUGCUGACAUUUCUUGAACGCGUCUGCUGCAUUUGGUAUUCUGCGUUCAGUCUUGUCUGCUGGAUUCCAUUGUUUCCUUGCCUGGAAGUCACCCAGAGAAAAUACUUCUAUAGCUAAUAAAGGAAUCCAGUAAGUUACGUCUCUCUCGUCUCGCGACCUCUGCGUGUUCCUUCAGUUGCUUCCAAUUUUGUUUAAUUUCACUUGUCUGGUCAGCAAUCCUGUUGAUCAAAACCGUGCCUCAUUUGACUUGCUCAAAAUUUGUGCAAGUGGGGAAGGUAAGAAAUGUAUCAUCCCUUUCAUAACCCACUGCUUCUGCUUGGAGUGGUGAAUACUCAGGCAGUCCCUCAAGACAGGGAUUGUAUAAGCAAACACUCCUCCUUCCUUGCAAGCUUUUAGCAGGUUUGGGCCAACACAGCUCUGCUUGCAGACUAUGCUUGACCCUAUGAGUUGCUGCUCCUGAGCUUAAGAGUCUCGUGCUCUACCAACUAAGCUAUCCUGCUUCUUUGAUUUCUUCUUUGAUUCCUAGGCUGUGCCCUGGGACCCACAAAAAUGAAAUCAGCAAUGAUAUCUGAAGAGCCAUGGCAUUCUUAGAGCAUCUACUCCUGCAAUGGGACUCCCAGAAUCCCCAGCAGGACUCAGGUGCUUUGCUUGCUAUUCCUGCUGCAGUGAAGGCAAGCAAAAGCACCAUGUAAGUUUAUGUCUCCAAAUUAUAAAUGAUGGGUUUGGACGCAGGUUUAGUCAGGCUUAGAGUGGAGUCUCUGAGGACAAAUGCAUUUUGGUUAGCUUCCCAAACCCAUAAGAUAACCGAAAUACACCUAUCCUUCAGGAUUUUUACUUCUCCAUAAUGCACCUCUCCACAUAAAAAUAGUGUUCACAUAAAUAUACAGACAAUUGAAAAAUAACCUUCAAGAUAAAAUGUGGGAAAGGGACACUGUCACUUUAUGGAGUAAGAAUAGUCCAAUGGUAGAAAUGGUUUUAUCUCCUUUCUUUUCCUGAGUAUGUGAUCUUUUGUGCAUUAUAUCUUAUAAACACCAACAACUGGGAAACACUGGCCUGCGAGCGCUCCAGUUGGAGAACAGCCUUUACCAAAGGUGUUAUGGGCUUUGAAGACACUCAAACUCAGGACGCAAGGGAGAAACGUGCUAAGAGGAAGGCAGGCUUGGCAAAUCCACACCAGGAUCAGCUCCUGCCCGGAAACCAAUGUCCCCACUGUGGAAGGAUGUGUGGAUCCAGAAUUGGCCUCCACAGUCACUUAUGGACUCAUUGUGAAAACCGUGUUUAUGGAAGAUAAUCUUAUUUGGCUAUGAAUGAUUGCCAAAGAAGAAGAAAGAAAUAUCUUAUUUUAUUUUAUUGUCUGCCACUUUGUCAGUCUUUGGUUUAUAAAUCUACCAAUGGAUAAUAUAAAUAAUAAGAGUGAAGCAUAAUAUAAAGCAAUCCAGGAGAUCCAACUUAGGGCAACACUAAUGGAACUAGACCAUCUUCUUUCUUACGGUAUUUACUCAAAUGUAAUGCAUAUCUCGGGGGCACGGGUGGCACUGUGGUGUAAACCACAGUGCCUAGGACUUCCCGAUCAGAAGAUCGGCAGUUUGAAUCCCCACGACAGGGUGAGGUCCCGUUGCUCGGUUCCUGCUCCUGCCAACCUAGCAGUUCAAAAGCACGUCAAAGUGCAAGUAGAUAAAUAGGUACCACUCCGGCGGGAAGGUAAACAGUGUUUCCGUGCACUGCUCUGGUUUCAUCAGAAACAGCUUAGUCAUGCUGGCCAAAUGACUCAGAAAAACGUUGGCUCCCUCGGCCUGUAUAGUGAGAUGAGCGUCGCAACCCCAGAGUCGUCUGUGACUGAACUUAACUGUCAGGGAUCCUUUACCCUUUUAAGGCACAUCUCUUUUUUUGCCAAAUUACGUCACGAAAAUUAGGGUGCACAUUAGAUUUGAUGGUGCACUGAUAUUCACCAGCAAAUACUUUUUGGGUUUCAAGGUUUUGAAAAUUGAGGGGCGCAAUAGUUUUGAUGGCUCAUUUGAUUCGUGUAAAUACGGUAUUUGUUCUGCUUCUCUUACUCCCAUAGAGGAGAUCCCUUUGGUGGCUGUUACUGCAGUGCGUUCCAACAGCCUCUUAUUGCUUGUUGCAGGUGGACAACAAAAGUACUGGGGUUCCUGCCGCUUCUCGUCUGUGCUGUUGGAGCUUCUGCAUGUUUGAUAAUGAUAUGGAAGAAGAAAAGGUUGGGAAAGGAGAAAGGUAGAACCAUCUCUGUUAAUCCCCUUAAUUACCUGGGAUUGAGGCUAACUACCAAAUGUGUGCCUGCCUCUCCCUUACUCCUCUUGAGAGCAUGUUUCCAAGCACAAUUCAAAGUGUUGGUGCUGACCUUGAAAGCUGUAAACGGCCUUGGCCCAGUAGACCUGAAGGAGCAUCUACACCCCCAUCGUUCUGCCCGGACACUGAAGUCCAGCACCGAAGGCCUUCUGGAGGUUCCCUCCCUGUGAGAAGCCAAGUUACAGGGAACCAGGCAGAGGGAAUCCAGUGCUUCCUCUUCUGCCAGCCCCUCUCGCUCCUCCUCAUCCAACUCAGGAGCUGUCUCUGUGACAGAAGAGGACAUGUGAGCCCAACCGCUAGACAUCUCUCCACAGCUACACAAAUUGAGCUCAGAUUACGGAAAGGGCCAUAGCUCAGUGGAAGAGCCUCUGUCUUGCAAGCAGAAGGUCUCCGGUUCAUUUCCCAGCACAUCUCCAGAUAGCGUUGGGAGAGACUUCUGCCUGAAAUCCUGGACAGCCACUGCCAGUCAGUGUAGACAAUACUGAGCUACAUGGACCAAUGGUCUGAUUCAGUAUGUGGCAGCUUCCUAUGUUCCCAAGUGUUGGGUGUUUGUGUCAUUUUUAUUCUCAGCAAAUGCCACAUCAUUUAAAAACAAACAAGCAAACAAUCUUCUUCCUUAUUUGCAUUUAGUCCCUAGGUCUCCGGGAAAAUAAUGCAGAGAGAAGCCCCCAGAAAGAACGGCUUGUCACCACUAUUUACGACCAGAUCUGAAGGACCCUGGACAAUUCUUCUGAAGAAGUCACAUAGGCCUGGUAAGGUCCAUGAUAUUUUGGAUGGGCUUAAAAAAUACAGUGGUACCUCGGGUUAAGUACCUAAUUCAUUUCGGAGGUCUGUUCUUAACCUGAGGCACCACUUUAGCUAAUGGGGCCUCCUGCUGCUGCCACUCUGCCGGAGCACGAUUUCUGUUCUCAUCCUGAAGCAAAGUUCUUAACCCGAGGUACUACUUCUGGGUUAGCAGACUCUGUAAACUGAAGCGUAUGUAACCUGAGGUACCACUGUAUAUCAAAUGGUGGUGAUUUUUUUUUGCACAAAUAUAUGCACCAAAUAUGUUUGUGUGUGAUUCUAGCCAUGCACCAGCCUCUCCUUCAAGACCUUGAACAAAGGAAAGCUCCAGCAGCUCUAGAUAGUGUUCCCAUUGUCAAACUGGUCCUACGAUCGAUACAUUUCUCCUCAUGUCCAACUGAGAUCUACCCUUCAGUCUAGGGUAGAUCCUUUAAUCUAGUAGAGGGGAAGAAGUCUGUCCUCUCUUCUAUGGGAGAGCCCCAAUAUGCCAUCUUAUUUAUAGAUAUAAUUCUGUUUCCCAGCAGGAUCCAGCAAGAGGGAUUUUGUCAAGAAACAUCACCUUUGCAGGGGCCAAAAACCAAAUGAUGUGCCAAACCCUCUGAGCACCACUUGGGACUUGCCAAGGCUACGUUUUGUUUUUGUUUUUUGGCACAGAAGAGAAGAGAAUAUUUCACGGGCGAAAUUCCCUUUCUUUCCAUUUAUUGUGAAACCUUAUUUUCUGCUACAAGCCCUCACUCCAAAGUUACUAGAAGUCCUCGCUCUGAAAUGGCUCGAAGCCCUCACUCCAAAGUGGCUUGAGAAUAUCUUUCUGAAGCUGAACCCUGGAAGGGAGAAUGAUCCAAGGCUUUCUAAACUAUGGAGCAAACUAUUCUCCAAAAGAUCAGUCCAUACAAUGGAGUUUUCCGCCAUCCUCAAAAGAAAGCAUAGAGGGAUGUGGAGUCUUGAGAUAUCCACCCAGGGAAAAAUUGGGCUGAUUGGCAGAGACUGAAAUAAUGCCCACCACUCUUCUCCUAAAUUGGAAGCCAUUGUGGGCAGCAGCAACAUGAAACCAGAACCAUUCUAGCAUGCAAUUACAUGGCUAAAAGGAAGACUCUGCUUUUGAGAUGGACAAGACGGCAAUAAAUAAAUAUUCAGACUUACCUCCCAUAAAUGUUUUAGUAAGCCCAUCCAUGGCUGUUUUUAAGAAAGAGAGAGACCGUCUAUGAAUGGAUGCGACAUCAUGCUCAGGAUAGCAUCUGACAUCCAACUGCUAGACCUGAAUCUCUCCUUAGGUGUCACAAUAGACUUCCCUUUGGGCUGCUGUGCGUAAGAGGGCAGUGGACUCUUGACUAUGCUAGCAAUCCUGACCUUGUGCUCAUGAUGUAUCAAAGUAAAUAUGAAAGCAAAACUAGCACUCCUACAUUCCAGUUUUAAACAAAACUAAGAGGAAGGUGAUGCUGCCACUGAUUGAUCAUCCUGAAUGAUGCAAUUCAUGAACUGGGACUGGAAUGAAGAUGGGUUUGUGCUUAUGGGAAAGGGAUGGAUGCAACAGGGUUUGUUUCCACAUAAAUAUGGUGGAGGAAAGGGUCCUAGCUCAGGGACAGAACACCUGUUUUGCAUGCAGAAUGCCCCAGGUUAAACCCACAAUAGCAUCUCCAAGUAGACCUGGGAAUGUCCCCUCCCUGAAACCCAGGAGAGCUGCUUCCAGCCAGUGUAGACAGUCCUCAGCUAGAAGGACCAAUGGUCUGAGUCAGCAGCAUGCAGCACUUGGGCAAACCCAUGUCUCAGUGGUAGAACACCUGCUUCACAUGUAGAAGGUCCCAGCUUCAACACCUGAAUGCACCUCCAGGUAUGGCUGGGGGAAAAGGCAGCGACCCAUGUUCCUAAACCAAGGCUCCAUUUCUCCCCAACCUAUUGUCUGCACAUUGGCCUUCAGCUUUUCAGAUCUCUCAUAUCAAGAGCCUUUCUUGGACCUGUCUGCGGCUGAACUCUAGAAUGCUCAAAGCCUCUAAGUUCCAGAUUCCACCCUCUGCUGUUUGAAGUACUUCAGAGCGAGGGGGGGAAUUAAUGUGUCCUGCAACAAUAUGUUGCAGUUCUAGAUUCCAAUCAGAAUGUUACACUUACACACACACACCACCUCCUCACCCUGUUCUCCAUUUUCCUUUUGGCAUGUUCACUCUAUAACCCUCAUUUGGUUGAUUCUUUUUUGGGGGGAGAAGGUGUCCCAUUAAGUCUUUUGCUUUCAGGUUUUUGUACGUCUGCAAACUUUGGGGUUCCUCCAGGCCUGGAAAUGCCUCCCUCCUCAUGUAGCUCACAGAGAUCCUCUUUUGGCCACCGUCCAGUCAACACUUGGCCCCUGUGCUUGUUAUUACAGUACAAGAUUGGAAGCUGUUCAAAACCUGUGCUGGAAACCUCCGGCUUUGAUACCAGACACCAUACUCACACUGCAAUGGUGGGAGUGAUCUUCAAUGAGUUCUGGGUAUAGAAUUAGGUCUGUGGCUGCUGAAGUGUAGAAAGCCAAGUAUCUGGACCUCCCAGCCCAGCUCAAGGUGCUGUAGGACCACAGAAACCAACCGUGCAUUAAUUAGCUGGUCAUUGUAUCAUAUCUGGUCCCUGCUCUAGAUCUCACAAGACUUUACAGUGUGUAUGUUGGGCACCAUGCUAUGUACUGUGCUAUUUGUCUCAAUAACAUUUGGUAAAAUAACCCUUUGAAGAAUGUUGUCAUUGCCUGAUGGUAAAGGUGUACGAAGAUUGUGGUUAAUAACAUCCAUGAGGUUUUGUAUAUUUUUAUUUCAGUCUGCCCAAAGUCGGCACACACACAGGCCAUGCAAUUUCUUGAGCCAAAUUAAAGAGGCAGCAGGUUGUUGUUUCAGCACUGGGGAUGGGACAGCAAUUGCUGCAUGAGAAAAACAGCCCUAUCCAGAAAUAGCAAGUAGCCCAUGGCAGUCCACCCUCUCAGACCAAGUGGGCUUCAAGAGAACUUCGACACAGAACCCAGUGAAGGUGGUGAAUGUCCUGUUUGAGUGCCUGGAGGUGGUUGUAAGAUGGAUGGUAGCUAAUAUAUUGAGGUUGAAUUCUAACAAGACAGAAGAACUGGGGGUUUGGGGGGGGGGACAGGGGACAGGCAGGUGUGAGGGACUCCCUGGUCCUGAAUGGGGUAACUAAGCCCCUGAAGGACCAGGUCUGCAGCCUGGAAGUCAUUUUGGACUCACAGCUCUCAAUGGAGGUGCAGGUCAAUUCUGUGUCCAGGGCAGCUGUCGACCAGCUCCAUCUGAUACGCAGGCUGAGAGCUUACUUGCCCGCAGACUGUCUCACCAGAGUGGUGCAUGCUCUAGUUAUCUCCCGCUUGGACUACUGCAAUGCGCUUUAUGUGGGGCUACCUUUGAUGGUGACCCAGAAACUACAACUAACCCAGAAUGCGGCAGCUACACUGGUGACUGGGAGCGGCCAUCGAGACCACAUAACACCGGUCCUGAAAGACCUACAUUGGCUCCCAGUACGUUUCCGAGCACAAUUCAAAGCGUUGGUGCUGACCUUUAAAGCCCUAAAUGGAUUCAACCCAGUGUACCUGAAGGAGUGCCUCCAUGCCCAUCGUUCUGCCUGGACACUGAGGUCUACCUCCAAGGGCCUUCUGGCGGUUCCCUCACUGCGAGAAGCCAAGUUACAGGGAACCAGGCAGAGGGCCUUCUCGGUGCUGGAGCCCUCGCAUCAGAUGUCUAGGAAAUAAACAACUACCUGACUUUUAGAAGACAUCUGAAGGAAGCCCUGUUUAGGGAAGUUUUUAAUGUUUGAAGUUUCAUUGUGUUUUUAAUAUUCUGUUGGGAGCCACCCAGAGUGGCUGGGAAAAGCCAGCCAGAUGAGCGGGGUAUAAAUAAUAAAAUUAUUAUUGUUGUUAUUGUUAUUAUUAUUAGAUUUCCACAUUGUUAAGGUGGUCACAAUAUCAUUACUAUAAUUGAAUACACAGUUAACAGGUUUAAUAUAUAUAUUUCUUAAACAGAUAGAUAGGUGCAUGGCAUGGAAAUGCAGGAGAACCCAGAAUCAUGGUGUGUGUAUGAGAUUCUGACCCCUGAAAUCCUGCCAGAUAAGAUCUGAGUGCACAGAACAGGAGUCAAAGAGACUCCAAAAUAAUUGCCACCACCUCUCACCCCUCCUGCACAGUCACAAUCUGGACUAUCCUUCUCCUAGUCCAUCCUGGAGGGGGUGGAGGGAAGAGGCAGAAAGUCACAGACCUGAGGUCCUCCUUUCUUAUUGGGGUGUGUGUGUGUGUGUGUGUGUGUGUGUGUGUCUGUGUGUGUGUUUUUUGGAUGUGGAUCUUAAAAAUCCAGAUGUUCUUUUAAAAAAUCUCCAUCUUGCCAAUCGAGAAACAGGAAGCUGAGUUUGCUCUUACCCACUAGGCAGGGUUUUCUGCACAGUCAAGGUCUACCUAUGAUUGCCCCCAACCUCUGCUGCACCUCCCCACCCCACUGAUCCCCCUGCUCAAACCCCCAGUCACACCCUCGACCUGCACACACUGGAGACAAUGAGGGGCACAAACCCCAAUUCACCACCACCAGCAGCACCAUUAAGUCUUUAUAAUAAUAAUAUUUUUUUAUUUAUACCCCGCCCUUCCCUGUUCAGGAAAUCAGGCUCAUGGUGGCUAACAACAAAUUUAAAACACUUAAUUGAGUGCUUUGCCACUCUUGCCCAGCCCUCCACUCCCUCCUUCCUGCAACUGGUGGGUUGGGGGCAGGGCUGGAUUUAGGGCAACACGACUGAUUCCCCCACACUGGGCACUGAGCUGAGAGGGCUGCUGUCAAGGGCUGCUGGCAAUGGGUAUGUGGAAGAUAAACAACAUUUCCAUGUGCUCUGGUGUCCUGUUGCACCAGAAGCAGUUUAGUCCUGCUUGGUACGAGACCCGAAAAGCUGUCUGUGGACAAACACCAGCUCCCUUGGCCUGAGUGCUGUAACCCCAUAGUCGCCUUUGGCUGGACUUAACAUUCCACUGGUCUUUAACAUAUGUGGAACCUCCAUAUGCUAGAAGAUCAGAGAGUGGAAGAGGGGCUGUUGCCUCCGUGCCCUCUCUUUGGCAUGCCAUUUUCACUAGUGUAUGCUUUCUUACACACAGUUUCUCCUAAUACAUACAUUUUUGUACACAUGUAGUGAUUGGAGAAGUGCCUCACAAAAACCCAAAAUACAAAGGGUAGCUGCAUUUCACAGGUAAAGGUAAGGACCCCUGACAGUUAAGUCCAGUCAUGGCUGACUCUGGGGUUGCGGCGCUCAUCUCGCUUUAUUGGCCGAGGGAGCCAGCGUACAGCUUCUGGGUCAUGUGGCCAGCAUGACUAAGCCGCUUCUGGUGAAACCAGAGCAGCGCAUGGAAAUGCUGUUUACCUUCCUGCUGGAGCGGUACCUUUUUAUCUACUUGCACUUUGACGUGCUUUCGAACUGCUAGGUUGGCAGGAGCAGGGACCGAGCAAUGGGAGCUCACCCCAUCAUUGCGGGGAUUCGAACCGCCAACCCUCCGAUCAGCAAGCUCAAGAGGCUCAGUGGUUUAGACCACAGUGCCACCCGCAUCCCACAUUUUACAGGUAAAGGUAAAGGGACCCCUGACCAUUAGGUCCAGUCGUGGCCAACUCUGGGGUUGCGGCGCUCAUCUCGCUUUACUGGCUGAGGGAGCCGGCGUACAGCUUCCGGGUCAUGUGGCCAGCAUGACUAAGCCGCUUCUGGCAAACCAGAGCAGCGCACGGAAACACCGUUUACCUUCCCACCGGAGCGGUACCUAUUUAUCUACUUGCACUUUGAUGUGCUUUAUGAACUGCUAGGUUGGCAGGAGCAGGGACUGAGCAACGGAAGCUCACCCCAUUGCGGGGAUUCGAACUGCCCUUGCUGUUAAAGACUGGUAGUCAUUGAAGAAGUAAACAAUAAACAUCUCAGAGAAAAAGUUUGUUGAUCUUAACAAAAUAACUAAAGUGUAUCUCCUUUUUUUAAAUUCUGUUUUGUGGUUAGUCUGUUUUAAGAAAAUUCUCUAGCUCCCAUAUGAGGUUUCCAGAGGCCUGUAAAGUCCUUUGAAAGGUCUCUAUCGCUUGGAGGGAAAGGAACAGAGGCCAACCAGAGUACAAGAGCAAAGCGGCUAGUAAGACUGAUCUUUAUUAUUUGAAGAGGGGAAAGUAUUGUAACAGGGUCCCCACUCAGCAUGCAGGAGGGAGAAGAAUCCAGAACAAAGGAAAAUCAGAAUGUUAUACUAUCUCCACGUGGUCUGCCUGACAGGAGCGUCAGUCAUACACCAAAAAUACAUCAUUAAAAGGAGGUACAUCGGAUAGAGUGACAGGUAAGUUCAUAGGUCACAGGUAAGUCAUUGAUGCCUCCUCGGGUGUUAAUACAGGGAGGCAAAAGGAGAGGCAGGUAUGGAUGGUCUUCUGUCUGUGUCAGUUUCAGGGAAUUCUAUUCCCCACCCCCACCCUGUGGGAGCAUGAAGCAAGGAAAAACAGAGAGAGUCUUUAAAUAAAAUGAGUUUAUUCAAUAAAUUUAAAUAAAAAUGAGUUUAUUCAAACAUCAAUGUGAGAGACAAAGAAAUACAGUCAGUCCCUCGUAAUGGCAUUGCUCCAAAUGAGCUCCUCCCGCCUCCAUUCCUAGCAACAGCAUUUCCCCUUACAGUGGCUUCCAGAGGCCUAUUGUCUCUGAGUCCUUUGUUCUUGCACCCUCAAUGAACGCUGAGUUCUGGGAGAAGGUGGGUCAGAAAUAUUCUCCAGCUGCUCUCUCCUGGCUCUCCUCCCAGCUCCUACCUUCUGUUUGCCUGUCUCUGAGCUGUGACCUUCCUCAACCACCUACUGUAAUUCAUUACAGUGGUACCUAGGGUUAAGAAUUUAAUUCGUUCCGGAGGUCCAUUCUUAACCUGAAACUGUUCUUAACCUGAAGCACCACUUUAGCUAAUGGGGCCUCCCGCUGAUGCUGCAACGCUGCAGCACGAUUUCUGUUCUCGUCCUGAAGCAAAGUUCGUAACCCGAGGUGCUAUUUCUGGGUUAGCAGAGUCUGUAAUCUGAAGCAUCUGUAACCUGAAGUGUCUGUAACCUGAAGCGUCUGUAACCCAAGGUACCACUGUAUUGCCUUCCUCUCCUCUGGAAGCUUCGGGAGAAGUUCGGGGGUCGCGACCUCCACCAUUCCUCCUCCUCCUCAAUCUUGUUCCCUUCAGUCCAGUCCCUGGCUGUCACCUCAAGCACCUUCCUGCCAGUUCUCGCCUUACUUAUCCUAAUAUAAAUGGAUAAACAGGUAAGGUAAAGGUAAACAUGCUAGCAAUUGCCUGCCAUUUUCUUUCACAGGAAUCCGCAGGGGACACAUACUUCAGGAAUGUGAGAAAGUAAGGGCUGAAAAGAGUCUGAGGCCUGGGUCUAGGGUCAACCAUGUGCAGGUUUUUAGUAUCACACCAUUUCUUGUCUAAGUAAUAAACCUUAUUGCCUACAUAUCUCAGCUUUCUUGGGCUUAUUUACACCAAGUAAAUAACAUGUGAAAUACAAUAUAGUCGAGGGGAACACCAUUUGACAGUCAUUUGUGAAUGAGUCCUUAGUGGUCAAUGAAUGAGUGAGGUGGUUUGACAUUUGUGAAUUGGUUGAUAUUCACUGUCGAUGCAGUAGAUGCCAAUGUAUAGCUGUCAGAAUUUCACUGCAGUUUGGGGAAGCAAAUCUGUCUUAUACGUUAAGUAUCAAUUUAUUACACGCAUUUUUCAUUCAGACUUCAGAUUUUCUCUUAUAUCAAUCCUACUGCAUUUGAUGCCAUUUAAAUGCCUGUCAGCCUUCCAGACAAAACACUUUUCUUGGUCGGCUCAGAAAUUUUGUUCCAACAUAAAAAAAAGGAAAGAAGAUCAAUGACAGAAAGAGAACAUAGCACAGCGAAGUAGGUUGGCUUAGAAAUGUUGUUCCAAAAUAAAAAAAUAACUAAAAUGCCACAGGCAGAGAGUAAAAAUACCAUUGAGAAAUUUGAGCCUGGCAAGGGCUAUCCUAUCCCUCAUGGGGUAUGUGGGUGUUUCUGGCCAGCUUAUAAAUGUGGUGCCAACAUUUUAAAAAUGGUAAUGGCAGAGUAACAAUCACUCUUAGAGAGAACUGAAGGUAAAAAAAGGUAAAGGUAAAGGACCCUGGACGGUUAAGUCCAGUCAAAGGCGACUAUGGGGUUGAGGUGCUCAUCUUGCUUUCAGGCCGAAGGAGCUGGCGUUUGUCCAGAGAAAGCUUUCCAGCUCAUGUGGCCAGCAGGACUAAACCGCUUCUGGCACAACAGAACACCGUAAUGGAAACCAGAGUGCAUGGAAAUGCACCACAAAAACACUGUGCCAGAAGCCAGAGCACACAGAAACGUCCAAGAAGAGAGGAAAGAGCAAGAAUCACUCUCAGACAGUACUAAAGAUAAUUGUAGCUGCUUAUUGCAGACAUUACCUAUGUCUGCUUUGUCUUGUUGCAGGGAAGUCAGAGGACAAAUAUCAGUCUGCAAGCUGAGAAGAUCAACUCUGCUUUUGCCUCACCAGCAGACAUACCUGAGUCUCCCUCCACAAUCAGACAGAAAAGUUAAUGAAGACAGUUGCAGAAGCCUUAAGAUCCUUCUCCUAUUCAAGCUGUUAAUCUACUCUUCCCUUGGUAAGUCCUUCAGGAAUCGUACAGCUUUCAAGCCUCGCAAUACAUAGAAACAUUGUAAGUCUGUUUUGUUCCGAAGGGGUAAAUAAUUGACAAUGAUAAAGUUCGUUACUGGUUCCCUGUUGCUUAUUUGCAUGGAAUUGCAAAGCAUGGCUCACUGAUAAAACCCUCUCUGCACCUGAACCCCUCCCAGCAAAGCUGUGCUCUUGAAGAGAUCCUGCAUCCCCUUCCUUGCAUUGUUGGGAACAACUUCUAGAGUGUGCUGUGACACCUAAUCGCUACUGAACAUCCCUCUGAUUGUGGUCAUUUGUAUAAAUUAAAAAGGGAGCUGUGGACAAGGACACAUUGCCUUUGGAUGUAGGAUUCAAAUUAUAAGCCAGUUUCUACCAACUAAACAUUAGGAAGAACUCUCUGACAAUAAGAGUCAUUCAAGAGCCAUUCCUCUGGAAAGUUGUGGACUCUGCUUCGUUCAAGAUUUUUAAGCAGAUGUUGGGUAGCCUUCUGCCAGGGAUUCUUUAGCUGAGAUUCCUGCAUUGCAGGGAGUUGGACUAGAUGAGUCCAGUUAUAUGAGUCUAUGAAUCUAUUUUAAGUUCUCAGGAUUUAUUGGGCAGGAUGCCUGGAGUGAAAUCAUCAGCAUACCGUUUUUGGUGUCCUGUGGAUACUAGACAACCCUUGUUAAAUAUAAUCCUUUAUUAGGCAUAGCAAACCACAUAUUAUCAAACAGACACCGUAUACAAAUUGUGCAAAAUACGAGCCCAACAUAACAACCCUUAUUCCAAGAAGCAUUUGGAUGAGGAUCAUCUGGAUCCCCUAGAAAUUUCUAGCACUCAGGAAUAUCCCAGAACAAUGUUCAAGCAGGACCUGGGACCGUCAAAGAAGAAACAAGGAAGAGGAGGCAGAACAGCCCCUAAGCCCCUGGGAGUGAUGGGAUCUUAAGAGGCAGAAUAAGAUCAUCAGAAUCAGUAGAAGGGACUAAUCUGACUCAGCCUCCAGAGGGGUGGGACAUUCCUGGAAGGGAAUAUCAAAAAGGUGUCCCGUCCCCACCUUCUGCAUGCCUAGGAGUGCUUGGCUGCAGAGCCGGGCUCCUUUUGAGUAAAGGGCUAUUUAUGAGGAGGGCCUCAGCGGUGCCUGGAGAGGAGUUCUGGCAACUCUGCCUUAAAUCCUUAAUAGGAGGCAGAGAGAGCUGCUAAAAAGACGCUUCCCUUCCAACCCUGAUCUUUUCCUGCACUGCCUCCCUGUGGCCAUGCCUCUUAGCUGUGCCUUUGCCUAUGUUCUUGCCUGAACUGCUGCCUCGGUGUGGCCAGAUCUUGCAGUACAACUUGUCUGUGCCUUUGCCUCAGUUGCUUCGCUUCAACCAGACUGUGGGCUACUCUUAACCUUGCCCGUUCCUUCUUAUCUGAACUGUGGGCUUGUGGCCUUUGCUGUGGAUUCUUGCCAGCCUGAACCUGUGGAAACAGGACAUUUGGGCUUCUGCUGAGAGUGCAUAUACCAGCAUGGGGUCUCAUAACAACAACAACAACAACAACAAUUGCAUCCUCAGGGCAAAAUGGUCAGUUUGCAUUUUUAGUGCAGAAAGUAUGGAUCUGAUGUGUAGAGAUCUUUCCUAUUCUAAUUAAUUCAAGAGGGUUAUGGAAGCUUCUCUUUGUCAAAGAAACAAGUAGAAGGUUCCGGAUGUUUGGGUUAUUCAGAGAAGCUGAGUACAGCUGGUUUGAACUACUGUAGUUCUCUUGUCUCUUUCUGUCAAGGUCUUUCACUUUCUCUUUUCCUUCUGGUGUGAUGCUCUGUACAUAGUAUGCUUAGUGUUAAGGUUUAGACUUAUUAUAUGUUAUUGUAAGUUUAAGUUAAGUCUGCUGCAAUUGGAUUUCUUCUGGGCAGUGCCAAUCCUGAAUGUUUUGGAUUUGUGACCAUUUUGCUCAUUUGCCUUCAGUAGCAGUAAAGCUCUGCUGGAUGAAAUAAUAAUUGCCUCUGGUCUAUUUUUUUGGGAAUCCUGUUUAAGUUGUUGCUCUGCUAACUAUACAUUGGAAUUUACUCUGGAUCAAUAUUGAGUAGAAUUCCAUGGAAAAAACACAGCAUAAAAAUACAAGUUAAGAAUACAAAAUGCAUAAUAAAAACAAGAACAAAAGAAACCAAUAACUCCUACUCCGCCUCCCCCACCCUUUUCUCUGUCAGGAGCUUGUCCCUACACUUGAGUAGGACCCUGGCAGAGACACAUGCCCGACUGGCAUGUUCUCUCCCUCCUGGUCGAUCGUUUGAGAGCUUCAAAAGCUUUCUUCAGCCCGAACAUCACAGCCAACAGAUAUUGGCACACUUAGGGAUCUGCAGAGUCUGCACAGUUCGCGUGACAGGCCUCAGCAACUCAGCAUUUUGGCUAAUCUACUUUAUUUACAUACUUAUAAACACACACGGAGCACUGCAACAUGGCUCCCUCUCUCUCUAGCAUCAAACAGCAGAGAGAAAAAGAACAAAGGACAAUAGUCCCACUUCACGGAACACAGUAACACAAACAUCCUGUCUCCGUCACUUCCCACUCUGUGGAGUCAAAACAUAUACCCUCAUGUAACAGACAACAAUCCCAUGACUGCAAUCACAGAGCAGGAAUUCUAACAUUCUCUACCAUUGUAGCUCUUCCUCUGGCUCAGACAAUGGUGGUGAUGAGAGUGAGGAGUGAUUGGUGCUAACCCAUGUCCUUGUUCAUUUUCCCCUCCUCCCCUGCCCCAAUAGGCACUUUGAGUCAAGCAGCAGAGAAUCCGACCUAUCAUGUGAAUGGGAUCCUGGGAGGAUCAGUAUUCCUUUCUUUAAAUGCACCCCCAGCCAAAAAAAUUGUCAAAAUUGAAUGGGCCUUCCACCCCACAUCUGGGGAUCCAUACCUGCUUGGUGAGUUCAGGGAUGGAAAACUGGAUCAGUCAAAUUUCAGGAGCAUGUAUGAACAACAGAUGGAAACUGGUGAUGCCGUCGCAUUGAGGAUCGAGAACUUGGCAAUGGUUAAUGAGACCACGUUGAGGAUCAAGAACCUGACAAUGGAGCAUGGUGGGAUCUAUGAAGCUCGUACCUGGUUUAAUGCUGCACAGUUCCAAGAACACUACUUCAUCCUCACUGUUUAUGGCAAGUAAUGAUUUCACCAUCUUUGUCAGUUUGUAGUGGAGCUGAGCAUAGAAUGGGAAGAUCACGAAAUAUGAUGAGGAACCUUUUUCAGCCUGAGAGCCACUGUGCUGGUCCUGGGGUGGGGGGGGGUACCGUGUGGCAUGGUCUGAGUCUGGUCCUGGGUCGAGGGUCCGGAGGCUGUCCGUCAAGGGCGAAGCGGGGUCCAAGGCAAGGAGCCGGGCAUGGUCAGGAACUCUGGAAGAGCAGAUCAGGGUGCUGGCAGGAACAGGAUUCCAAUGAUGUUGCUCCCGCAUCCUGGGAAUGGGCUGACUGGCCUUAUAUCUCCUCUGAGGCCUAGGGCGGUCCUGGCUCACAGGUGACUCGCCUCUCCUGGCCUUAAGGCGAGCACUCCUCCUGAGAGAACAUAGUUCCCUCCGCCUCUCUACCCUGAGCCUCUGCAGCUCCGGAGAGGCUGGAGGGUUACUGGACCCAGAGGCAGCCUCACCUUCCCUUGACAGGGCUGAGAGAGACGCACCUGCAGGCAAUGGGUCCUCGAUCACCUCUGGAGCCAGAGCGGAUUCAGCUGGUGUCUGCUCCUGAGGAUCCGGCACAGGUGAGGGCCCUUCAGGUUCAAGCCCCAGCCCCGGUUCAGCAGGCUCUGGAGGCGGGAACUCCUGUGCAGGCUGGGAAUCCUCAGGUUCAGCCUCUGAAUCCUAUUCCCACAUUCUCACCUAGGCAACAUUCCAGGGGCCACAUGGCAGUGGGGCACAAAAUCAGAGGAAAUAAGUGUGUGGUGUUGGAAUCUCCGUUCGCCCAAGCUGAUAAAGCUCAUCUUCCGAAAUUGCCCUCUGACUGCACAGUGGCAAACAGAAACUAACAUGUGGAACAUUGAGUCUCAACGUAACUGUUCUACAAUAUGCUAGUUUCUUCACAUGUGUGCAACCCCCAUCCUCCAUCCAGGAAGCAAGGAGCAUCAUCAAGAUUCAAUAAUACAUUUCAGCCAGACCAAAAAGGGUGUGAAUCAAGGCCAUGAGGGGAGUAUGUCUGGGAAAGAUAUGCAGCUCUGGGAUAGGACUCUGGGAGAGAGUCCUGAGGGCCAGAUAGAGAUGCUUGGGGGGACAUAUUUGGCCUCUGGGCCCAAAGGUCCCCACCCCUGCCCUACACAGGUACAGAGAGGCAUGUGGGGCACGAACUCCUAAUGUAAUGAUCUCAGGCAGGCAAGGAAGCCCCGAUAAGAAUUCAUGAGUCUCUGGCAGUUUUAUGGUACGUUUAUUUACAAUUAACAUGCUAAGCAUGGCUCUGAGCCUCCCGCUCUUUGCUACAAGUUGGUCACUCUGAGUCUCUGCCCCUAUUGCAACACGAAUGGUGCCAAAGUCCAGUCCUUCCUCUCUUGUAAUUCUGUUGCAUUUUAACAUUUCCAGUUCUUCUGGUUCGGGGAGGAGGUGGGUGAACUCCCCCCCCCCACACACACACAAUAAAACAAAGAUCCCUCUAAAUGUUGCCUGCCUCCUGGUUGCAUAGCAACCCCCUCAAUGUCAUCUAUCUCCUCCCCUCCCUCUGCCUGUGAGUUCUCUGAGUUUGCCACUCUAUCUGAGUCUGGGAAUUCUUGAUGAAGCGGUGCAGACCUAACUCACUCCUGCUCUGUCUGUGGCUGCAACCCCUCGUCUCCAGAGUCAGGCUCUGGCUCCCUCUGUACUGGCAUUCCUUCAUUUCCAGAGUCAGACUCUUGCUAGGCAUUCGAUUCAGCCACAUCCCUGACACCUAAUCACUUUCAUUUCUGUUAAAACAGAGCCAGUGCCAAGACCAUGGAUACGCCAUAAAGUAGAAUCCAAGACUCCAGAAGGCUGCACUGUGACCUUACAGUGCCUGGCACCUGUAAAGGAGGAAUACUCUAUCUCCUGGAAAAGAGGGAAUCCCCCCAGGGUCUUAGUAGGAGGUUUGGAUAAGCACUGGCUUUCUGACAAUGGAAGGAAUCUCCAUGUCUCCUGGCGAAAAAGCUCUUCUGACUCCACAUUCACUUGUCUGGUCAGCAAUCCUGUUGAUCGAAACCGUGCCUCAUUUGACUUGCUCAAAAUUUGUGCAAGUGGGGAAGGUAAGAAAUGUAUCAUCCCUUUCAUAACCCACUGCUUCUGCUUGGAGUGGUGAAUACUCAGGCAGUCCCUCAAGACAGGGAUUGUAUAAGCAAACACUCCUCCUUCCUUGCAAGCUUUUAGCAGGUUUGGGCCAACACAGCUCUGCUUGCAGACUAUGCUUGACCCUAUGAGUUGCUGCUCCUGAGCUUAAGAGUCUCGUGCUCUACCAACUAAGCUAUCCUGCUUCUUUGAUUUCUUCUUUGAUUCCUAGGCUGUGCCCUGGGACCCACAAAAAUGAAAUCAGCAAUGAUAUCUGAAGAGCCAUGGCAUUCUUAGAGCAUCUACUCCCUGCAAUGGGACUCCCAGAAUCCCCAGCAGGACUCAGGUGCUUUGCUUGCUAUUCCUGCUGCAGUGAAGGCAAGCAAAAGCACCAUGUAAGUUUAUGUCUCCAAAUUAUAAAUGAUGGGUUUGGACCCAGGUUUAGUCAGGCUUAGAGUGGAGUCUCUGAGGAAAACUGCAUUUUGGUUUGCUUCCCAAACCCAUAAGAUAACCGAAAUACACCUAUCCUUCAGGAUUUUUACUUCUCCAUAAUGCACCUCUCCACAUAAAAAUAGUGUUCACAUAAAUAUACAGACAAUUGAAAAAUAACCUUCAAAAUAAAAUGUGGGAAAGGGACACUGUCACUUUAUGGAGUAAGAAUAGUCCAAUGGUAGAAAUGGUUUUAUCUCCUUUCUUUUCCUGAGUAUGUGAUCUUUUGUGCAUUAUAUCUUAUAAACACCAACAACUGGGAACACACUGGCCUGCGAGCGCUCCAGUUGGAGAACAGCCUUUACCAAAGGUGUUAUGGGCUUUGAAGACACUCAAACUAAGGACGCAAGGGAGAAACGUGCUAAGAGGAAGGCAGGCUUGGCAAAUCCACACCAGGAUCAGCUCCUGCCUGGAAACCAAUGUCUCCACUGUGGAAGGAUGUGUGGAUCCAGAAUUGGCCUCCACAGUCACUUAUGGACUCAUUGUGAAAACCGUGUUUAUGGAAGAUAAUCUUAUUUGGCUACGAAUGAUUGCCAAAGAAGAAGAAAGAAAUAUCUUAUCUUAUUUUAUUUUAUUGUCUGCCACUUUGUCAGUCUUUGGUUUAUAAAUCUACCAAUAGAUAAUAUAAAUAAUAAGAAGAGUGAAGAAUAAUAUAAAGCAAUCCAGGAGAUCCAACUUAGGGCAACACUAAUGGAACUAGACCUUCUUCUUUCUUACGGUAUUUACUCAAAUGUAAUGCAUAUCUCGGGGGCACGGGUGGCACUGUGGUGUAAACCACAGUGCCUAGGACUUCCGGAUCAGAAGAUCGGCAGUUUGAAUCCCCACGACGGGGUGAGGUCCCGUUGCUCGGUUCCUGCUCCUGCCAACCUAGCAGUUCAAAAGCACGUCAAAGUGCAAGUAGAUAAAUAGGUACCACUCCGGCGGGAAGGUAAACAGUGUUUCCGUGCACUGCUCUGGUUUCAUCAGAAGCAGCUUAGUCAUGCUGGCCACAUGACUCAGAAAAACUGUCUGUGGACAAACGUUGGCUCCCUCGGCCUGUAUAGUGAGAUGAGCGUCGCAAUCCCAGAGUCGUCUGUGACUGAACUUAACUGUCAGGGAACCUUUACCUUUUUAAGGCACAUCUCUUUUUUUGCCAAAUUACAUCACGAAAAUUAGGGUGCACAUUAGAUUUGAUGGUGCACUGAUAUUCGCCAGCAGAAACCCUUUUUGGGUUUCAAGGUUUUGAAAAUUGAGGGGCGCAAUAGUUUUGAUGGCUCAUUUGAUUCGUGUAAAUACGGUAUUUGUUCUGCUUCUCUUACUCCCAUAGAGGAGAUCCCUUUGGUGGCUGUUACUGCAGUGCGUUCCAACAGCCUCUUAUUGCUUGUUGCAGGUGGACAACAAAAGUACUGGGGGUUCCUGCCGCUUCUCGUCUGUGCUGUUGGAGCUUCUGCAUGUUUGAUAAUGAUAUGGAAGAAGAAAAGGUUGGGAAAGGAGAAAGGUAGAACCAUCUCUGUUAAUCCCCUUAAUUACCUGGGAUUGAGGCUAACUACCAAAUGUGUGUCUGCCUCUCCCUUACUCCUCUUGAGAGUAUGUUUCCAAGCACAAUUCAAAGUGUUGGUGCUGACCUUGAAAGCUGUAAACGGCCUCGGCCCAGUAGACCUGAAGGAGCAUCUACACCCCCAUCGUUCAGCCCGGACACUGAGGUCCAGCACCGAAGGCCUUCUGGAGGUUCCCUCCCUGUGAGAAGCCAAGUUACAGGGAACCAGGCAGAGGGCCUUCUUGGUGGUGGCAGCUGCCCUGUGGAACACCCUCCCACCAGAUGUCAAAGAGAAAAACAACUACCAGAUUUGUAGGAGACAUCUGAAGGCAGCCCUGUUUAGGGAAGCUUUUAAUGUUUGAUGCACUACUGUUUUUUAAUAGAUGCUGCUUCUGCGAUGCAAGCUCAAGAGGGCUCUCCUGCGCCCUUCCUCAGAGGAGACCCCCCCCCCAAAGGUGGUAAUGACCAACUGAGAUGAGCAUGCACGGUAAGGAAGGCUGGAGGACCAGAUAAGAUGUUUGGAAGUCAUGUAAUACUAUGGCAUUAUUUUUUAACAUUUGCUAGUACUACUAGGAGUAGUCAGUGUCAGUAUAUGGAAACAUCACCGCUGCAGACACCCAGAUUGUUGACAUCACAUGAUGUGCCUAUCUGUGGGAAAGAAGAAUUUCCCAGGACGUUCACAGGCUGGAUAAGUCUUUGUGAAGAGUGUAAUUUGAAACCUUCUGUGUGCGCAUGUUCAGGAAGUUUGUCUGACCUGCUAGAAUAACUGAACUGAAAGGACGUGUUUUUCUCUAGUGCUGUAAUGUCAGAAAUAAACAUCAUGUAAAUAGAUUUCUGACUUAUUUUCUUUUCCCUGCGGAAGCAGGAGGGAGGGGUUGUGCAUUUUACCCAUGCUUGGGAAAAUGUCGCCUAUCAAAAUCUCCCUGGUCUGUCCGAGAUAUCAGCCAGAGGAGGUUACCGGUAAGCAAGCUCCGAGGACAGUGAGAGGGGCCAGCCUCUAUGGAGGGGGCUUGCAAACCAACAGUCAGGGCUUCUUUUUUUCCAGCCAGAACGCUCUGGAACAGAGUUCAUUUAUCCACUCACCUUGAAACACCAUUGCAGGGGGUUGGACCAGAUGACGCUCAAGAUCACUUCCAACUCUUCAAUUCUAUGA